AGUCAGUCAGUGGAAGAAGUACUCCUCUGUAGAGUUAUGGCCUCUGCUUCAAUACCAGCCUACAACUCCUCUAAUAACCCCCUGGAAAACAGCUCCAGUCACAAUGUAAGUGUGUUCAGUGUGUGUUCAGUGUGUGUUCACUAUGUGUAACUGUUUCUCUCUCUCUCUCUCUCUGUGUGUGUUCUGUGUCUGUUCUGUGUGUUGUUUGUGGUUUGCAGCAUGUAUUAUUAACUGUUCUGUUACCGUACUACCUGUAAUAAACUCUCUCAGUGGUUAGGUUCAGCAGUAAAUAUGUUACCGUACUACCUGUAAUAAACUCUCUCAGCGGUUAGGUUCAGCAGUAAAGAUGAUGGCGCCUACACCAUAGACAUUAAAACCAGUAGAUAGUAAGCGCUGACAUCAUCCACGUGUUCCUUUGGAAAACUCUCGAUGGCGCAUGAAGUAUUUGAAUUUGAAGCGCGCCAUAUUGCUAAAGGUUGUGGUGAAGUGGCCGUAACUAGAAAAGGAUCAUGGUCGACGUAGUCAUUUUCAUCCUGCAUGAGAGAGCCAACCAGGAGCCUCCUCGUAGCCUGCCUUGCCCGUGAUUGGUCCGUGUCAGCACGUGGUCCUGUGUGACGACAAAUGUAGUAGUCAGAUUGGAUCACUAUUUAAUUAAAUGUCUCGAUUCGUAGCGAACCUUCAAAUCAUUUACUGUGGGGAUCGAAUUUUCGAGGCCAAAGCGGGCAUAAUUUUUUUUGGGUUUGGUUGUUCUGCCGAUCGUAAUUUAAAUAGGCUUUCUAGGGCAGACCAGGGCUUUUGGCACCACUAGGUUGCGACGCAGUAGCCGACCAGCGGAGCUCGUGACUUGACCUGACACUGGGGGCCUGAUCCACACACACACCAUCCCUCCAACCCACCCCCACGUUUGCUGCCAAGAGCAUGAAUCACAAAUCCAUAUUCAGAGUUCUGUUCAGUGUAUGUCCUUUAAGACCUAAUAACAACACACACACACACACACACACACACACACACACACACACACACACACACACUCUUCUACCCCUGGAUAGCCCUUGCUUAAAUGGACUACACUCUGUAUAAGCUGUGUUUAACCAGGCUAGUCCCACUAUGGAUAGGUGACUGUGAAAUGGCUAGCUAGGUUAGUCUCCUUAUUCAUUAAUAAAACAUGUACCUGUUAAUAAACCGUGCAGCUGUUAAUAAACCGUCUACCUGUUACUAGCUCCUAGCUGCGCCUGGUUAGCCUCUGUCAUUCAUCCGUUUAUUUAUUUUUUUAAACCUCUAACCUCCAUAGUCGGUAGCGCUGUCCUACCCCCGGCAGCGCUGUCCUACCCCCGGUAGCGCUGUCCUACCCCCGGUAGCGCUGUCCUACCCCCCGGUAGCGCUGUCCUACCCCCGGCAGCGCUGUCCUACCCCCGGUAGCGCUGUCCUACCCCCCGGCAGCGCUGUCCUACCCCCGGUAGCGCUGUCCUACCCCCGGUAGCGCUGUCCUACCCCCGGUAGCGCUGUCCUACCCCCGGUAGCGCUGUCCUACCCCCGGCAGCGCUGUCCUACCCCCGGCAGCGCUGUCCUACCCCCGGUAGCGCUGUCCUACCCCCGGCAGCGCUGAAUGAUCCCAUGUAGGAGCUCUGUCUGUCUGUGUUGCCCUGACAACCAGCAUCAUCAAGGCAACCGUCUGCUGCUGGAGCUCUAGCAUCAUGUAUGUCAGUUGGAAAAUGGAACCAUGGCCAGUGGUUUUCAAACCUCUCCUCGUUGUAGCCCUGAACUAUCUCACCUGAUUCACCUAUUCAGGAGAGGUUUGAAAACCCCUGACCUAGGCCAUCCAGGUUACAGAUUGACUUGUACAUCAGAUUCUCAGUACAGAGAUCCUCUUUCACACUCAUGGGUUACUCAUUCUUAUUGGCUUUCCAAUCAGGAAGUCCCAGAGUGGUAGCCAAUAAAAACAGUGCUCUCGUAGCGCUGACUGUUGAGAGUUUUCCAUGCAAAACAAAUGACUGCUAGGUACAGUAAUACGGACACAAGUGUGGCUUUGUUCGAGACCUGGGGAGGCCAGAAUCCAAAGGAAAAGCUCUCUCACUCUCGCACAAUUAUACUUAGCCAGUUCUCUCAGUAGGGUAACAGAGAGGUGUUGUGUGGUCUGACACAGACAGACUGAGGGAUUGGCAGCAGGCUGGGAUUUCUGCAUGUACACACACACGCCCUGUGACUCUUUGUGGCACAGCACAGUAUUACUCCUGGACGCUAAGGUCAGUUUGUAGUUACCCCCCUAAUGGUUAGGUUUAGGGUUGGGGGGAGGGUUAGUUACUCCCCCCUAAUGGUUAGGUUUAGGGUUGGGGGGAGGGUUAGUUACUCCCCCCUAAUGGUUAGGUUUAGGGUUGGGGGGAGGGUUAGUUACUCCCCCCUAAUGGUUAGGUUUAGGGUUGGGGGGAGGGUUAGUUACUCCCCCCUAAUGGUUAGGUUUAGGGUUGGGGGGGAGGGUUAGUUACUCCCCCCUAAUGGUUAGGUUUAGGGUUGGGGGAGGGUUAGUUACACCCCCUAAUGGUUAGGUUUAGGGUUGGGGGGGGGGUUAGUUACUCCCCCCUAAUGGUUAGGUUAGGGUUGGGGGGAGGGUUAGUUACUCCCCCCUAAUGGUUAGGUUUAGGGUUGGGGGGAGGGUUAGUUACUCCCCCUAAUGGUUAGGUUUAGGGUUGGGGGGAGGGUUUAGUUACUCCCCCCCUAAUGGUUAGGUUUAGGGUUGGGGGGAGGGUUAGUUACUCCCCCCUAAUGGUUAGGUUUAGGGUUGGGGGGAGGGUUAGUUACUCCCCCCUAAUGGUUAGGUUUAGGGUUGGGGGGGAGGUUAGUUACUCCCCCCUAAUGGUUAGGUUUAGGGUUGGGGGAGGGUUAGUUACUCCCCCCUAAUGGUUAGGUUUAGGGGUUGGGGGAGGGUUAGUUACACCCCCCUAAUGGUUAGGUUUAGGGUUGGGGGAGGGUUAGUUACACCCCCCUAAUGGUUAGGUUUAGGGUUGGGGGGGGGGGUUAGUUACUCCCCCCUAAUGGUUAGGUUUAGGGUUGGGGGAGGGUUAGUUACUCCCCCCUAAUGGUUAGGUUUAGGGUUGGGGGGAGGGUUAGUUACUCCCCCCUAAUGGUUAGGUUUAGGGUUGGGGGGGGGGGGGGGGGGGGGGGGGGUUAGUUACUCCCCCCUAAUGGUUAGGUUUAGGGUUGGGGGAGGGUUUAGUUACACCCCCCUAAUGGUUAGGUUUAGGGUUGGGGGGGGGGGUUAGUUACUCCCCCCUAAUGGUUAGGUUUAGGGUUGGGGGAGGGUUAGUUACUCCCCCCUAAUGGUUAGGUUUAGGGUUGGGGGGAGGGUUAGUUACUCCCCCCUAAUGGUUAGGUUUAGGGUUGGGGGGGGGGGGGGGGGGGGGGGGGGUUAGUUACUCCCCCCUAAUGGUUAGGUUUAGGGUUGGGGGAGGGUUAGUUACUCCCCCCUAAUGGUUAGGUUUAGGGUUGGGGGGAGGGUUAGUUACUCCCCCCUAAUGGUUAGGUUUAGGGUUGGGGGAGUAACUGGUUAAGUUAGGUGCUGCUGUUGUGAGUCAGUGGUGGACCGUGGCUACAGGACCUAGGCCUUCAGAGAAACCAAACAUCUAUCAAACUCAAAAAUCAAGAAAAUAACAGAAAACAUAGCGUCACUUAAUGCGCCCGACAUUAUACCUUCUGUAGUCGGAACAUUCCAGUGAAGGAGGAGCAAUGAUUGUUGACGACGUUAUGAAUGAAUGAAUCAAACAGGCCUGGCCGUGCUUCGGGCUGCCGCACACACAGAAAUGGAACCUGCACGGACACGUGACACACAGCAUAAAAUAAUGCGAUCAGGAAAAACAAAAAACACACUGUUUACAUAACCUAUGGUAGCCCAACACCACUAUCACACUGUCGCCAAUAGCAACACCAACAGUAUCACAUCAAAGGUGAUAGGCUGGUGGUGCUGAAAGGACAGCGACCCUAAUACUUGUGCACUCCAUGGCACUGAAGGAGAGCCAGUUUUGGUCAAACACAUAGACAAGGCAGGGAGACAGGAGACAGCAGUCACACAGCAUCCUGGUAAAGGAUAAGCGGCCCGUUCACUCAAAUGAUAAGCCGGUUGACCCCAAUCCUAACGAUAUAAGAACACAACCAUUUACAUUUCCAAAAUGAAAUUUAACAAACCAGCUAUUACUUCCCAUUGCAAAUAUAUUUGAUCAUGUUCCUCACACUAACCGGCGGUCUAAAGUUGAAAUGCAACGAUGUUUCACAGUCAUUAUUUUCAAAGAGAUCGCUAACAGCAAGCGAGCUGCAACAAAAAACAGUGCCACUCACCAGAUGAUGAACAUUUGUGACCGACCGCCUUGAUUCGGUUUUAUGUAGCAAAAUUUGAAAUUGUGUUUUUUACAUUGGAUUAAAGAUCAGACACAGAGUUAGAAAAUGGUAUAUCAUACACUGCAUUUGAGGAACAAUGGGAAAGUAAUUCUGCUUUGAAAGUUGAUAAACUUGUAACCCCACUUUUGAGAAAAUGGCCCUUGAAUGUUUUGGUACACCUACUGGAGAGCUCUUCUUUGUCUAAACCCAUUCAUCAUUGUUAACACGCUCUUAAGCCAGCCCCACCCAUCUCUUUAAGGAUUCACUUGAGGUCAUGUGCUAAACAGUGAGUAGUGUAGUAAAGGUUAAGACUAAAAGUGGUAAAAGUAGUAGCCUACAAUAAGGAACAAUUCCAGGUAAACAGAAAGUGUCCAGAUAAAAAUAUUUUAUAAAUAUUAGAUGACGCUUACCCAGACACACUUGUCUAAAAUUGAUAAGUGCAUGUGUCUCUACAGAAGGUGUAAACGGUUCAGUGAAAUGGUUACUUGCAUAGUAGCAAUAUCAAAAAUAGAUGGUGUCAAUAUAAAGACAAAAAGAACAAGUGUCAAUGCCAGUAGAGAAAGAACAAAAUAAUAUACAGUAUGUACAAGAACAAUAUCAAUAACGAUAUCAGUGAUAGAUGAGGUAGUUAUAUGCAUACAAUCAGGGGUAAAGUGGCUGAGCAGCAGGAUAAAAAAAUAAAUAGUAUCAGCAAUGCCCAGAAACAAAUAACUUUCUUCUGAAACUCGUCAGUCUAUUCUUGUUCUGAGAAAUGAAGGCUAUUCCAUGUGAGAAAUUGCCAAGAAACUGAAGAUCUCGUACAACACUGUGUACUACUCCCUUCACAGAACAGCGCAAACUGUCUCUAACCAGAAUAGAAAGAGGAGUGGGAGGCCCCGGUGCACAACUGAGCAAGAGGACAAAUACAUUAGUGUCUAGUUUGAGAAACGGAUGCCUCACAGGUCCUCAACUGGCAGCUUCAUUAAAUAGUACCCGCAAAACACCAGUCUCAACGUCAACAGUGAAGAGGCGACUCCGGGAUGCUGACCUUCUAGGCAGAGUUGCAGUGCAAACUGGCUCUAACCAGAAUAGAAAGAGGAGUGGGAGGCCCCGGCGCCUGUUUCUCAAACUAGACACUCUAAUGUAUUUGUCCUCUUGCUCAGUUGUGCACCAGGGCCUCCCACUCCUCUUUCCAUUCUGGUUAGAGACAGUUUGCGCUGUUCUGUGAAGGGAGUAGUACACAGCGUUGUACGAGAUCUUCAGUUUCUUGGCAAUUUCUCGUGUUGAUCUCCUUAGGCCACACCCUCCCUCAUUACACAAAUACACAUCACCUGAUAUGCUUAAAUCCAAUAAGCAUUCCAGUUUAUACAGCUUGGAGUUGGGAAAUAUGCAUAAUAAUGAUGAUAUGGUCAAAAUACUGACUUGCCUAAUAAUUGUGCACUGUGUGUGUGUGUGUAUGUAUGUAUAUGUAUGUAUGUAUGUGCUAUGAAAAAGUAUUUGCCCCCUUUCUAAUUUUCUCUACUUUUGCAUAUUUGUGAUACUGAAUUUGAUCAGAUCUUCAACCAAAACCUAAUAUUAGAUAAAGGGAACAUAAGUGAACAAAUAACACAACAAUUACAUAUUUAUUUCAUAAACAAAGUUAUGCAACACCCAAUUCCUCUGUGUGAAAAAGUAAUUGCCCCCUUACACUCAAGAACUGGUUGUGCCACCUUUAGCUGCAAUGACUCUAACCAAAUGCUUCCUGUAGUUGUUGAUCAGUCUCUCACGUUGCUGUGGAGGAAUUUUGGCCCACUCUUCCAUGCAGAACUGCUUUAACUCAGUGACGUGUGGGUUUUCAAGCAUGAACUGCUCGUUUCAAGUCCUGCCACAACAUCUCAAUUGGGAUUUUGGCCAUUCCAAAACUUCCAAUUUGUUGCUUUUUAGCAAUUUCCAUGUAGACUUGAUUGUGUGUUUUGCAUCAUUGUCUUGCUGCAUGAACCAGCUGCGCUUCAGCUCACAUACGGAUGGUCUGACAUUCUCCUGUAGAAUUAUCUGAUACAGAGCAGAAUUCAUGGUUCCUACAGUGGGGGAAAAAAGUAUUUGACCCCCUGCUGAUUUUGUACGUUUGCCCACUGACAAAGAAAUGAUCAGUCUAUCAUUUUAAUGGUAGGUUUAUUUGAACAGUGAGAGACAGAAUAACAACAAAAAAAUCCAGAAAAACGCAUGUCAAAAAUGUUAUAAAUUGAUUUGCAUUUUAAUGAGGGAAACAAGUAUUUGACCCCUCUGCAAAACAUGACUUAGUACUUGGUGGCAAAACCCUUGUUGGCAAUCACAGAGGUCAGACAUUUCUUGUAGUUGGCGACCAGGUUUGCACACAUUUCAGGAGGGAUUUUGUCCCACUCCUCUUUGCAGAUCUUCUCCAUGUCAUUAAGGUUUCGAGGCUGACGUUUGGCAACUCGAACCUUCAGCUCCCUCCACAGUUUUUCUAUGGGAUUAAGGGCUGGAGACUGGCUAGGCCACUCCAGGACCAUAAUGUGCUUCUUCUUGAGCCACUCCUUUGUUGCCUUGGCCGUGUGUUUUGGGUCAUUGUCAUGCUGGAAUACCCAUCCACGACCCAGAAAUCUUUCUGAUUGAGAGGGGGUCAAAUACUUAUUUCCCUCAUUAAAAUGCAAAUCAAUUUAUAACAUUUUGACAUGCAUUUUUCUGGAUUUUUUUGUUGCUAUUCUGUCUCUCACUGUAGAAAUAAACCUACCAUUAAAAUUAUAGACUGAUCAUAUCUUUGUCAGUGGGCAAACGUACCAAAUCAGCAGGUGAUCAAAUACUUUUUUCCCUCACUGUAUAUAUUUAUAUGUGUGUGUGUGUGUGUGUGUGUGUGUGUGUAUGUUAUAUACAUACAUACAUACAUACAUACAGUGGGGAGAACAAGUAUUUGAUACACUGCCGAUUUUGCAGGUUUUCCUACUUACAAAGCAUGUAGAGGUCUGUAAUUUUUAUCAUAGGUACACUUCAACGGUGAGAGACAGAGUCUAAAACUAAAAUCCAGAAAAUCACAUUGUAUGAUUUUUAAGUAAUUCAUUUGCAUUUUAUUGCAUGACAUAAGUAUUUGAUACAUCAGAAAAGCAGAACUUAAUAUUUGGUACAGAAACCUUUGUUUGCAAUUACAGAGAUCAUACGUUUCCUGUAGGUCUUGACCAGGUUUGCACACACUGCAGCAGGGAUUUUGGCCCACUCCUCCAUACAGACCUUCUCCAGAUCCUUCAGGUUUCGGGGCUGUCGCUUGUCAAUACGGACUUUCAGCUCCCUCCAAAGAUUUUCUAUUGGGUUCAGGUCUGGAGACUGGCUAGGCCACUCCAGGACCUUGAGAUGCUUCUUACGGAGCCACUCCUUAGUUGCCCUGGCUGUGUGUUUCGGGUCGUUGUCAUGCUGGAAGACCCAGCCACGACCCAUCUUCAAUGCUCUUACUGAGGGAAGGAGGUUGUUGGCCAAGAUCUCGCGAUACAUGGCCCCAUCCAUCCUCCCCUCAAUACGGUGCAGUCAUCCUGUCCCCUUUGCAGAAAAGCAUCCCCAAAGAAUGAUGUUUCAACCUCCAUGCUUCACGGUUGGGAUGGUGUUCUUGGGGUUGUACUCCUUCUUCCUCCAAACACGGCGAGUGGAGUUUAGACCAAAAAGCUCUAUUUUUGUCUCAUCAGACCACCUGACCUUCUCCCAUUCCUCCUCUGGAUCAUCCAGAUGGUCAUUGGCAAACUUCAGAUGGGCCUGUACAUGCGCUGGCUUGAGCAGGGGGACCUUGUGUGCGCUGCAGGAUUUUAAUCCAAGACGGUGUAGUGUGUUACUAAUGGUUUUCUUUGAGACUGUGGUCCCAGCUCUCUUCAGGUCAUUGACCAGGUCCUGCCGUGUAGUUCUGGGCUGAUCCCACACCUUCCUCAUGAUCAUUGAUGCCCCACGAGGUGAGAUCUUGCAUGGAGCCCCAGACCGAGGGUGAUUGACCUUCAUCUUGAACUUCUUCCAUUUUCUAAUAAUUGCGCCAACAGUUGUUGUCUUCUCACCAAGCUGCUUGCCUAUUGUCCUAUAGCCCAUCCCAGCCUUGUGCAGGUCUACAAUUUUAUCCAUGAUGUCCUUACACAGCUCUCUGGUCUUGGCCAUUGUGGAGAGGUUGGAGUCUGUUUGAGUGUGUGGACAGGUGUCUUUUAUACAGGUAACGAGUUCAAACAGGUGCAGUUAAUACAGGUAAUGAGUGGAGAACAGGAGGGCUUCUUAAAGAAAAAUUAACAGGUCUGUGAGAGCCGGAAUUCUUACUGGUUGGUAGGUGAUCAAAUACUUAUGUCAUGCAAUAACAUGCAAAUGAAUUACUUAAAAAUCAUACAAUGUGAUUUUCUGGAUUUUAGUUUUAGACUCUGUCUCUCACCGUUGAAGUGUACCUAUGAUAAAAAUUACAGACCUCUACAUGCUUUGUAAGUAGGAAAACCUGCUGUGUGUGUGUGUGUGUGUGUGUGUGUAUAUAUAUAUAUAUAUACAGUGGGGAAAAAAAGUAUUUAGUCAGCCACCAAUUGUGCAAGUUCUCCCACUGAAAAAGAUGAGAGAGGCCUGUAAUUUUCAUCAUAGGUACACGUCAACUAUGACAGACAAAUUGAGAAAAAAAAUCCAGAAAAUCACAUUGUAGGAAUUUUUAUGAAUUUAUUUGCAAAUUAUGGUGGAAAAUAAGUAUUUGGUCACCUACAAACAAGCAAGAUUUCUGGCUCUCACAGACCUGUAACUUCUUCUUUAAGAGGCUCCUCUGUCCUCCACUCGUUACCUGUAUUAAUGGCACCUGUUUGAACUUGUUAUCAGUAUAAAAGACACCUGUCCACAACCUCAAACAGUCACACUCCAAACUCCACUAUGGCCAAGACCAACGAGCUGUCAAAGGACACCAGAAACUAAAUUGUAGACCUGCACCAGGCUAGGAAGACUGAAUCUGCAAUAGGUAAGCAGCUUGGUUUGAAGAAAUCAACUGUGGGAGCAAUUAUUAGGAAAUGGAAGACAUGCAAGACCACUGAUAAUCUCCCUCGAUCUGGGGCUCCACGCAAGAUCUCACCCCAUGGGGUCAAAAUGAUCACAAUAACGGUGAGCAAAAAUCCCAGAACCACACGGGGGGACCUAGUGAAUGACCUGCAGAGAGCUGGGACCAAAGUAACAAAGCCUACCAUCAGUAACACACUACGCCGCCAGGGACUCAAAUCCUGCAGUGCCAGACGUGUCCCCCUGCUUAACCCAGUACAUGUCCAUGCCCGUCUGAAGUUUGCUAGAGUGCAUUUGGAUGAUCCAGAAGAGGAUUGGGAGAAUGUCAUAUGGUCAGAUGAAACCAAAAUAGAACUUUUUGGUAAAAACUCAACUCGUCGUGUUUGGAGGACAAAGAAUGCUGAGUUGCAUCCAAAGAACACCAUACCUACUGUGAAGCAUGGGGGUGGAAACAUCAUGCUUUGGGGCUGUUUUUCUGCAAAGGGACCAGGACGACUGAUCCGUGUAAAGGAAAGAAUGAAUGGGUCAUGUAUCGUGAGAUUUUGAGUGAAAACCUCCUUCCAUCAGCAAGGGCAUUGAAGAUGAAACGUGGCUAGGUCUUUCAGCAUGACAAUGAUCCCAAACACACCGCCCGGGCAACGAAGGAGUGGCUUCGUAAGAAGCAUUUCAAGGUCCUGGACUGGCCUAGCCAGUCUCCAGAUCUCAACCCCAUAGAAAAUCUUUGGAGGGAGUUGAAAGUCCGUGUUGCCCAGCGACAGCCCCAAAACAUCACUGCUCUAGAGGAGAUCUGCAUGGAGGAAUGGGCCAAAAUACCAGCAACAGUGUGUGAAAACCUUGUGAAGACUUACAGAAAACGUUUGACCUGUGUCAUUGCCAACAAAGGGUAUAUAACAAAGUAUUGAGAAACUUUUGUUAUUGACCAAAUACUUAUUUUCCACGAUAAUUUGCAAAUAAAUUCAUUAAAAAUCCUACAAUGUGAUUUUCUGGAUUUUUUUUCUCAUUUUGUCUGUCAUAGUUGACGUGUACCUAUGAUGAAAAUUACAGGCCUCUCUCAUCUUUUUAAGUGGGAGAACUUGCACAAUUGGUGGCUGACUAAAUACUUUUUUUCCCCACUGUGUAUAUAACCCCCCCCCCCCCCCCCCCCCCCCCCAAAUUGUAAAGUGGUUAUCCCACUGGCUAUAGGGUGAACGCACCAAUUUGUGAGUCGCUCUGGCUAAGAGCGUCUGCUAAAUGACGUUAAUGUGCCCUUGAGCAAGGCACUUAACCCUAAUUGCUCCUGUAAGUCGCUCUGGUUAAGAGCGUCUGCUAAAUGACUAAAAUGUAAAAUGUAUAUAUAUAUGUGUGUGUGUGUGUCCUAAUCAGUAUAAAGGAGGAAAUGUUGCUUACUUGUUGAGCAAAAUCAAGGUUGUAAUGCAUCUUGAUGUCUUUGGUUGCUGGUUCAGUAGGGCCCCCCAGAGACAACUGCAGGUCUUGACAGGUGGUCUUGCAGUCAGCAACCAUCUUCUGGUAGACAGACCGCUCACUCUGAACAAGCAGGAGAUGCUGCUCUUAACAGCUUCUGGCAGAUUGACAGAUCUGAAGACAUGGUAGUUGUUCCCCUGGCACUGCCAGCACAGGUCUAUCCUGGGCUUAGUGCUUGAGAUGUGGGGAAGCCUUUUUCUCCACAGGUCUAUCCUGGGCUUAGUGCUUGAGAUGUGGGGAAGCCUUUUUCUCCACAGGUCUAUCCUGGGCUUAGUGCUUGAGAUGUGGGGAAGCCAUUUUCUCCACAGGUCUAUCCUGGGCUUAGUGCUUGAGAUGUGGGGAAGCAAUUUUCUCCACAGAUUCCUGAAGGAAGACAGCCCGACUACAUGUACCUCUGGAAAAUUAUGUGAUAUCAAUAAAAGUAGUGCCAAUCAUGUUGGAGGUCAAUUAAAUAAUCAAACGGUGUUGUUUAUGCUUUACAUACCAAGUGUUGUCAUCGAUUCCGUGUAGAGAUGCCACACCGCUGCUUUCCACCAAAGAGUUUGUGUCCUGGCUGGCAUCCUGGUAAUACUAUUGCAUUAUCCUCUGCGUAGUUGUUGAUGAAGUUCACAACUCGCUGCAAGUCCUCGUGCUUCAGGUGUAACCUGUGCUUGCUUGGGCCGGCUCUCCAUUUGAUGGGAGGCAUUAGAUCUCCUUGUAUGACUGGUGGAGGAGAGUCGGGCGUGUUCUACUGAUGCUGAAAGACAAAUUCCAGAUACAAAUAUUUUAGCAUUAUUAUACAAUAGAUGGCCGUAAUCACCGUCAGACACACCUGGCUAACUUGAUGGGCGAAGUGGAGUCUUUUGUUUAGACAUGUAGCUAGCUAGCUAAACAAUUAACCAUAAUCCCAAUCCAUAGAGUACUAGCAAUACAAACCGAUUGUCAUAGCUAGCUGAAGUUAACCAAAUAGGUUAAAUGUUAGCUAGCUAACAUUAGGCUAUAACUAGCAAUGCAAAUGGUUUCUGAGAUAAUAUUACUACACAGAUCAUACACGUAAUGUUAGGUAGCGAGCCAGCCAUCUAAAGUCAUCUAGCUAGCUAACAGUAAGCUUUAACUUGCAAUGAAAACAACUUUCUGACAAAAUUAGAAAUGUAUAAUAUCUGAAACUGUAGCUAGACUUUUACCCGUAUACAUGGAUGAACGCUUCAUGGCAGACUGCAACCCAUUUCAUUUAAUAAGACGUCCUGUGUCGUUUCCGUUUUGUUUGUACAGCUUGCUUGUACAACUUCUUCGGUGACAACAACACUGUUGAUCGCCGUUUCUUCCCCAUCACUAUCAUCAGAAGACUCUACAAUGUCUUCUUCGAUGAAAAUGUUUUUACCUAAAUCAUGGAUUUCCUCAUCGUCUGAUUCAUUUUCAGAGUCAGCAUGGUACGAUCGUCCUCCUGAAAGUAGUCCAUCACAACUUUUUCCCACUGAGCUUUGUCGAUAGCGCUUGAUAAAUUCAGGGUAUCAAUGUUAUUGAGAGCAGUAGCAACACAUUUGCAGUUCUCCAUGGCUAACGUUAUAUAUUUCGGAAAAACUGCAGUAGAAAGGAUUAUCUACACAUAACGAGCAGCUCAUUUUAUAGACAGAAGAUGCUACAUGGCAGACCAAUCCGAUGCUCAACUCUCGGCAUGUCCAGCCCAUUCAUUAUCUCAGCCAAUCAUGGCUAGCCGGAAGGUCCCUGUCUUUUUUCUGUGGCUAAACCAACUAGGCUCAUAGUUUAACAACUUUAUUUGUAUUUACAGAUGGCAUACACGUUUGUUAUUAAGGCACAUGAAAGUUCAAAUGUUCCAGAAGGCAUUUCUGCCCAAAAAAAAUGCAUUUAGAUAAAAAAUUUAAAUAACCGUUGAAAUGCCUCUCCUGUGAAGUCAUGACUUGCGACAUACGCCUAGUUUCCUGAAACUAGUCACAUUUGUAAACCAAAGUUAGUAUUUUUUUUUUUAUAGUGUGAUGCUAUAAAAACAAACAAAGAGAGACACACACUAUUUAUAAACUCCCAGUAAUUUGUUGGGUAAAAAAACAACAACGUUUUGGCAUCACUGUGCCUUCUUCAGGGUAAUGUCAUGAAUGCUUAAACCUGGUUAUGUAGACAAACAGUGCAAUUAUAGGAUGAUGCAAACAUAUUAGCAACAACAUCCACCUUGAAGUUAAUCAAACUACUACAACACAAGCUAGGUAACAUUACUACCGUUAGCAUGGGAAAACUACUGCUCGCACCACUUAUUACUUGCUCUUGCGCUUCGUGAAGGCCUAGACACGUCACUUUUUUGAAUGGCAGAGGCCUUCUGUCCAGCUUCUGAAGGCCUAGUCAAUGGAUGGCUAGAUUAUUCUACCCAGAGACCACCAUAAAAAAAUCCUGAUUGGAUCUUCUCUUUCCAAAACAAACAGAAGAGAUUAAAUCAGAAAAUCAUUAAAAUAAUCGUAAAGAUAUAUUUUUAAAAAUAUGAAUCCUUAGGCCUUCUCUGAAAGCCCUCACGGUUCCCCAUUUGAAGGUAGUAGCUUUGUCUACACAUUCCAGAACAUAGCCCAGGGACAGCUAGUCAAUCUGGAGACAUACUGUUCUCUGUCUGAGAGGCUGUGUCCCAAAUGGCUACAUAUACCCAUAGAGCUCUGGUCAUAAGUAGUGCACUAUAUAGGGAAUAGGGUGCUGGAGAGGAGUAAGAAAAUAAAUAUUUCCUGUUCCUUUUACCUCUCUCUCUGGCUCUGUCUCUCAAUUCAAUUUCAAUUCAAUUUAAGGGCUUUAUUGGCAUGGGAAACGUGUGUUAACAUUGCCAAAGCAAGUGAAGUAGAUAGUAAACAAAAGUGAAAUAAACAAUAAAUAUUAACAGUAAACAUUACACUCAGAAGUUUCAAAAGAAUAAAGACAUUUCAAAUGUCAUAUUAUGUGUAUAUAUACAGUGUUGUAACAAUGUGCAAAUAGUUAAAGUAAAAAUAAAUAAACAUAAAUAUGGGUUGUAUUUACAAUGGUGUUUGUUCUUCACUGGUUGCCCUUUUCUUGUGGCAACAGGUCACAAAUCUUGCAGCUGUGAUGGCACACUGUGGUUUUUCACCCAGUAGAUAAGGGAGUUUAUCAAAAUGGGGUUUGUUUUCUAAUUCUUUGUGGAUCGCUGUAAUCUGAGGGAAAUAUGUGUCUCUAAUAUGGUCAUACAUUUGGCAGGAGGUUAGGAAGUGCAGCUCAGUUUCCACCUCAUUUUGUGGGCAGUGUGCACAUAGCCUGUCUUCUCUUGAGAGCCAGGUCUGCCUACGGCGGCCUUUCUCAAUAGCAAGGCUAUGCUCACUGAAUCUGUACAUAGUCAAAGCUUUCCUUAAGUUUGGGUCAGUCACAGUGGUCAGGUAUUCUGCCACUGUGUACUCUCUGUUUAGGGCCAAAUAGCAUUCUAGUUUGCUCUGUUUUUUUUGUUUGUUCUUUCCAAUGUGUCAAGUAAUUCUCUUUUUGUUUUCUCAUGAUUUGGUUGGGUCUAGUUGUGUUGUUGUCCUGGGGCUGUGUGGGGUCUGUUUGUGUUUGUGAACAGAGCCCCAGGACAAGCUUACUUAGGGGACUCUUCUCCAAGUUCAUCUCUCUGUAUGUGAUGGCUUUGUUAUGGAAGAUUUGGGAAUCGCUUCCUUUUAAGUGGUUAUAGAAUUUAACGGCUCUUUUCUGGAUUUUGAUAAUUAGCGGGUAUUGGCCUAAUUCUGCUCUGCAUGCAUUAUUUGGUGUUUUACGUUGUACACAGAGGAUGUUUUUGCAGAAUUCUGCAUGCAGAGUCUCAAUUUGGUGUUUGUCCCAUUUUGUGAAUUCUUGGUUGGUGAGCGGACCCCAGACCUCAGAACCAUAAAGGGCAAUGGGUUCUAUAACUGAUUCAAGUAUUUUUAGCCAGAUCCUAAUUGGUAUGUCAAAUUUUAUGUUCCUUUUGAUGGCAUAGAAGGCCCUUCUUGCCUUGUCUCUCAGAUCGUUCACAGCUUUGUGGAAGUUACCUGUGGCGCUGAUGUUUAGGCCGAGGUAUGUAUCGUUUUUUGUGUGCUCUAGGGCAACGGUGUCUAGAUGGAAUUUGUAUUUGUGGUCCUGGCAACUGGACCUUUUUUUGGAACACCAUUAUUUUUGUCUUACUGAGAUUUACUGUCAGGGCCCAGGUCUGACAGAAUCUGUGCAUAAGAUCUAGGUGCUGCUGUAGGCCCUCCUUGGUUGGUGACAGAAGCACCAGAUCAUCAGCAAACAGAAGACAUUUGACUUCAGAUUCUAGUAGGGUGAGGCCGGGUGCUGCAGACUGUUCUAGUGCCCUCGCCAAUUCGUUGAUAUAUAUGUUGAAGAGGGUGGGGCUUAAACUGCAUCCCUGUCUCACCCCACGGCCCUGUGGAAAGAAAUGUGUGUGUUUUUUGCCAAUUUUAACCGCACACUUGUGGUUUGUGUACAUGGAUUUUAUAAUGUCGUAUGUUUUUCCCCCAACCCCACUUUCCAUCAAUUUGUAUAGCAGACCCUCAUGCCAAAUUGAGUCAAAAGCGUUUUUUUAAAUCAACAAAGCAUGAGAAGACUUUGCCUUUGUUAUGGUUUGUUUGUUUGUCAAUUAGGGUGUGCAGGGUGAAUACGUGGUCUGUCGUACGGUAAUUUGGUAAAAAGCCAAUUUGACAUUUGCUCAGUACAUUGUUUUCACUGAGGAAAUGAACUAGUCUGCUGUUAAUGAUAAUGCAGAGGAUUUUCCCAAGGUUGCUGUUGACGCAUAUCCCACGGUAGUUAUUGGGGUCAAAUUUGUCUCCACUUUUGUGGAUUGGGGUGAUCAGUCCUUGGUUCCAAAUAUUGGGGAAGAUGCCAGAGCUAAGGACGAUGUUAAAGAGUUUAAGUAUAGCUAAUUGAAAUUUGUGGUCUGUAUAUUUUAUCAUUUCAUUGAGGAUACCAUCAACACCACAGGACUUUUUGGGUUGGAGGGUUUGUAUUUUGUCCUGUAGUUCAUUCAAUGUAAUUGGAGAAUCCAGUGGGUUCUGGUAGUCUUUAAUAGUUGAUUCUAAGAUUUGCAUUUGAUCAUGUAUAUUUUUUUGCUGUUUGUUCUCUGUUAUAGGGCCAAAAAGAUUGGAGAAGUGGUUUACCCAUACAUCUCCGUUCUGGAUAGAUAGCUCUUCGUGUUGUUGUUUGUUUAGUGUUUUCCAAUUUUCCCAGAAGUGGUUAGAGUCUAUGGAUUCUUCAAUUACAUUGAGUUGAUUUCUGACAUGCUGUUCCUUCUUUUUCUGUAGUGUAUUUCUGUAUUGUUUUAGUGAUUCACCAUAGUGAAGGCGUAGGCUCAGGUUUUCUGGGUCUCUAUGUUUUUGGUUGGAUAGGUUUCUCAAUUUCUUUCUUAGGUUUUUGCAUUCUCUCUCUCUCUCUCUCUCUCCCCCCUCUCUCUCUUCUCUGGCUCUGUCUCUCUCUCUCUCCCCCCCUCUCUCUCUCUCUCUCUCCCCCCCCUCUCUCUCUUCUCUCUCUCUGGCUCGCUCCACUUUCUCUGGCUCGCUCUCCCCCCCCCUCUCUCUCUCCCCCCCCUCUCUCUCUCCCCCCUCACUCUCUUCUCUCUCUCUCUGGCUCCAUCUCUCUCUCUCCCCUCUCUCUCUCCUCUCUCUCUGUCUCUCUCUGGCUCUCUCCCCGGCUCUCUCGCAUGUGCACAUUUGUUGAUAUUCUUAGCUAGUUAGCGAGUUAUUAGCCCAGUUAUAGAUAAGUAUAGGUCAGCAAUGGGGAGUUACUGCUUCCUACAAGAGCACAAAACAUGGAGGCUACAUUUCAAGCUGUCUUUGAAAAACCAGUCAGGCAAAAAGCGUAUGCCUUAAUUAAAGGCCAGUGUUGUAUUUUGAGACAGGCUUGAAUAUGCAAAUAAGCCAAUAGGCAGAGGGGGUAGCCUACAUUGUCUAAUUCUCUGAAUGGUAAUGAUAAUUUCUUUUAUUUUGUAAAGUGGUUUCUUGUAUCAUACAACGGAAUUUACAGUCACCUAUUUGAGCCAUGGUGUUACAGACCAAGUAAAAAAGUAAUUCAUGUCAAGCCCUUCAUAAUUUAAAAAUGUUUUUAAAAGUCUCUUGCGUUGUAGGCCUGCAUUGAACACCACAUAUAGGCUACUGUAGGCUAUAUCAUAUACAUCAAAAGCUAUUUCCAUGUGAAAAUGUUAUGGGAUUUACUCCAUUGGUUUAGUUGGUAGGCCUACAGUACAUUAUGCUCAAAUAGCCACAAUAGCCUAUUGGCUACUGUCUAAACCUGUAAGGGUACAGCCUCAGUGUUAACUGUAAACGCGCCCCCGGAAGUUGCAACAAAUUCUCACAAUGUUCAAGUUUCCACUCACAAUACAAAAAAAUUGCUCAGUUCCCCAAUUUUUUUGGGGGGGAACAUUGAUUACAAGUGCUUGUAAUAUUUAGUGUUUUAUAUGAGUGAAAGUGCUAUGGAAUAGCAGUAAUAGUGUACACACUGCAGUCAUGUCGUACCUGGCUCCGUCUGUCUGUGUUUUUUUUGCCAUAUUAAUGUCCCUCUUUUGCUCUGCAGGCAUCCAGAGAGAGUCUGAAGAUGGAACCACUGGCAGAUGUCACCUUACUGCCCGGAGAGGAGAGAAUCAUAGGUGUGUUCUUCUUGUAAGCCAGUGGUUUUGUGGUUUUCAACUUGGGUCACUAGUACCCAUGCGGGCACAUGGCCUAUCCACAACGGGUACUUAUUCUAAGACUGUUGAACAUCGACAGACAUUUGGAGACUGUUCUCGGCUUCCUAUUCUAUUAGUAAAGUACAGAGAAAUAUUUGAAUACCUUCGGUCUGGUAGCCUUCCUCUAGACUACGCUGUUGUAGAGGUCUCACUUCUGUUGCAAUUCAGUUUUUAAAAUUUGAAUCUGAUCUGUAUUCUGGCAUGUCAGUAUGUUUACAGUAAAUAUAACGAGAGAGGAUAUCCCUGUUGGUUUUGUCACAGGAGAGGCUAAACAUAGAACCUAGCCUCUCCAACCAAGUCGGCUUGAAUUGUUACAGUAGUCUCUCUCUCUGUCUCUGUCUCUGUCUCUGUCUCUGUCUCUGUCUCUCUCGUCAUUUCUGCUAGCUACAGCAUGUACAAUUAAGAAGAAAGAGGGGAGGGAAAUAGAGAGUAGGAGAAUGAAAGGAAGAUUUGUGGAAAGUACAGAAAGGUUGAGUGCAGCUUUUUGAAAAGCUUUUGUCUUGCUGUUAGUGUUGUAUUGUGGUUAUUGUUUGGUUACAAUAUGGUUAAUUGUCAACAUGGCUUGUUCAGUGGGGGUGGAUGGUGGAAAUGGGUGUGUGUAUCUAGUCAGUCAUUUAUACAUUUCCCCUCCCUCUCCCUCUUCCUCAUCUCUCUUUCUCUCUGUCGCUCUCUCUCUCUGUCUCUCUCUCUCUCUCUCUCUCUCUCUCUCUCUAGACAAAGACAUCAUCUAUAUCUGUCCAUUCAGUGGAGCUCUCAAAGGCAAAGUCUUCAUCACUAACUACAGACUCUACUUCAAGAGUGCAGACGCAGUGAGUGACACACACACACACUCUAGAGGAGGGGUGAUAUACUCCUAGACAUCUGUGGCGGACAGAUUGAAGGCAGCAGAAUUCCCAGUCAGUCUAAAUGACAUGUCUGCUGCAGAAGUGGUAGACCCAUGCUUACUACUUGGUGUCAAAGACCUGUUUGAUCUAGGCUAGCCCUAGCCGGAUGCGCCAUUAAAACACAGUCUAUAUUAUAGUAUAUAUGGUGGUCUGUUAUUAUUGAGGGAGUCCUAAUGAAGUAGGCCAAGAUCUAUGACAGACGGGUCAACACCCACACAUCACUGAUAUGCAUUGAGCUUGUUAUAGAGCCCUACUAAAUGUGUACAGAAUGGGAGUUGGAAUAGGGGAAGAAAGGAAGAGGGAUAUGGAUGUGAGGAUGAAUGGAAGCAGUCUCUCUUACCCUCCUUUACCUGCGAGGUGAGGGAGAGAGAAACACCAUCCACCUCAAACUUGCUUAAUCAAGUGUUACAAUACUGUGUUACUCUGCCUGUGUGUAGUUGUGUGUGUUCUGUCUUGGUGGGUAUAAUGGUUACAGUCUUAAAUAAAGCAAUGUGGCUGUCGCCGAGCCCCCCCCCCAAAAAAAAUAAUCUUAGUCAGUUAAGAGUCGUCUGUUCUUUCCACCAAUCAAUUGGUUGAAAAUGGUAAACGUGUAUUGUUCCAUAUAGACACACCCUAUGUGUUUUAAUAAAAUCAACUAUAUGCACUGAGCUUGUCUGAUGCUUUAAGUGCACUGUUUGUGCACAUUUAUACAACUGCGUACAGGCCAGGCAGACUAGGCCUACUUCAACGCUUACUCAACAUUGACAGGAGCGCUCCAAACAAAAUAAAAUAAAUCGACAACUCAUAAAUGGAAUGAAAUUAACAAAACCUUGUUUCUCACAAGUGUAGCAUAGGUUGUGAGCUCUGCAACAAUGCGACCACUCAGACGAUGAGAACGUUAAUCGACUGUUGUAAUAAUAUAUUGAAUGCGUUAACAUAAAUUACCACAACCAAACAAACAUUGUAGAUUAGAUAUUAUGUGAAUUAACGGUAACUGUACUUCUGGUGAUAGACACUAACAAUCAAAGGACAAACAAUUCACACAAUUAAGUUAUGAAACAAUGAAUUGGCAGGAGAGAACGCAUUCUGGAGAAAGACCUGCCUUGUGCAUCUAAGCCACACCCCCCUUCUUAACUCAACAUUUAAAAUUAUACCCAAGACACAUUAUCUUCACACAUACUUUAGGCCUAAGGAAUACUCGCACAAAUGGUGUCUGGUCCAAAGCAGUAGCCAUUUAUGGAAUACUAUUAAAUAGUUUAUGAAAAUGCAAUUCCGAAUUGCUUGGCAUGCCAAGGCAAAUACCCUUGCGGCACGUAUGAUUUAAGUUGCCGAUGCCCGUCUUAGACUGAUGGACUGUGCCAUUCCUGCGGCCUCCGCAAUGGAUUAGUCCACUGAGACAGGCACGAAUCAGACGGGUGUCUCGUGUGCCUGCCCCAAAAUAAAAAAUAUCAAUUUGCGACUGCUUGACAAAAAAAAAUCUGUCGACCAAUAGCCAAUCGACCAGUCGACUAAACGGGGUCAGCCCUAGCCUCUAGGUCAGCAUUUCCCAAACUUGGUGCACGUUUUGGUUUUUACCCUAGCACUACACCGCUGAUUCAAAUAAUCAAAGCUUGAUGAUGAGUCCGUUAUUUGAAUCAGCUGUGUAGUGCUGGGCAAAACCCAAAACGUGCACCCAGGGGUGCCCCCGGACCGAGUUUGGGAAACACUGCUCUAGGUGUAAUCCACUUGUAGAUUCACUUUCACUCUUCAGACAACAGAAGUUAAUCUCCAACACAACAAAAAGAGGGGAAACCCAUAUCCCUUUCUCUCUUUUCUCUCACUCAUCUCUCUUUCUUUAAUCCCUCUCUUUCUCUCCUGGCACCACUAGUGUUUUGCACAGUCCAUUCAAUUGGAGAGGUGCGAGGGCAUUGUUGAUGGUAAGAUGGAGAAAAAGAGUGAAGACGGGUAGUUAUGGAGAAGAAUAGGGUAGAGAGGGGUAGUUAUGGAGAAGAAUAUAGUAGAGGGGUAGUUAUGGAGAAUAAUAGGGUAGAGAGGGGUAGUUAUGGAGAAUAAAAGGGUAGAGGGGGUAGUUAUGGGAGAAAAUAUAGUAGAGGAGAAAGGUUUGUUUUGGAGAAGAAUAUAGUAGAGAGAGGUAGUUAUGGAGAAGAAUAGGGUAGAGGGGUAGUUAUGGAGAAUAAUAGGGUAGAGAGGGGUAGUUAUGGAGAUGAAUAGGGUAGAUAGGGGUAGUUAUGGGGAAGAAUAGGGUAGAGAGGGGUAGUUAUGGAGAAGAAUAGAUAGGGUAGAGAGGGGUAGUUAUGGAGAAGAAUAUAGUAGAGGGGUAGUUAUGGAGAAUAAUAGGGUUAAAGAGGGGGUAGUUAUGGAGAAUAAAAGGGUAGAGGGGUAGUUAUGGAGAAGAAUAGGGUAGAGAGGGGUAGUUAUGGAGAAGAAUAUAGUAGAGAGAGGUAGUUAUGGAGAAGAAUAGGGUGAGAGAGGGGUAGUUAUGGAGAAGAAUAUGGUAGAGGGGGUUUGUUGGGGGUAGUAGGUGGGUAGUUAUGGAGAAGAAUAGGGUUUGAGAGGGGUGUUAUGGAGAAAAAUAGGGUGAGUUAAAAAAUUAGGAGGGGUUUUAGUUUUAGGAGAAGAAAAUAGGGAGAGGGGUAGUUGGGUAGUUAUGGAGAAGAAUAGGGUGAGAGGGGUAGUUAGGGAGGAAUAUAGUAAGAGGGGUAGUUUGGAGAGAAGGUUUAAUAGGGGGGAGGUAGGUGUUAUGGAGAAGAAUAGGGAGAGAGGGAGGUAGUUAUGGAGAAAAAAUAUAGUGAGGAGGUAGUUAGGAGAAGAAGGGUAGAGAGGGGGUGUAGUUAUGGAGAAGAAUAGGGGUUUGAGGGGUAGGGGUUUGUUAUGGAGAAGGGAAAAGGUAGAGGGGAGUUAUGGAGAGAAGAAAAAGGUAAGAAGGGUAGUUAUGGAGAAGAAUAGGGAGAGGGGUAGUAGGAGAAGAAUAGGGUAGAGGGGGUGGUAGUUAUGGAGAAGGGAAAAGGGUAGAGGGGGUUAGUUAUGGAGAAGAAUAGGUAUGAAGAGGGGUAGGGUUAUGGAGAAGAAUAGGGGGAGGGGGGUUAUGGAGAAGAUAGGGUUGAGAGGUAGUUAUGGAGAGGAUAGGUAGAGAGGGGGUUUUGUUAUGGAGAAGAAUAGGGGUAGAGAGGGGGGGUAGUUAUGGAGAAGAAUAGGGUUUGAGGGGGGUUUAGUUAUGGAGAGGGAUAGGUUGGAAAAGGGGGUUUGUUAUGGGAGUAUAGUUAGAGGGGUAGUAUGGAGAAGAAGGGUAGAGAGGGGGGUUUGUUAUGGAGAAGAUAUAGGGUUGGGGGUAAUUAUGGAGAAGACAUGGGUAGAGGAGGGGGUAGUAGUUAUGGAGAAGGAAUAGGGAUAGGGGGUUAGGAGGGGGGUAGUUAUGGAGAAAAAGAAAGGGUAGAGAGGGGGUUUGUUAUGGAGAAGAAUAGGGUAGAGUUAGAGAGAGGGGGGUGUUAUGGAGAAGAAUAGGGGGUAUUAGAGGGGGGGGUAGUUUGGAGAACAAACUAGGUAAGGGGGUAGUUAUAAGAGGGGUUUGGGGUAGUUAUGGAGAAGAAUAGGGUAGGGGAGGGGUGGUUUUUAGUUUUGGGAGUUAGGAGAGAAGUAGGGUUAGAGAGGGGUAGUUUUGGAGAGUAGAGAGGGGGGUAGUUAUGGAGAAGGGAAUAGGGUAGAGGGGGGGGUUUUUAUGGAGAAGAAUGGUUUGAGGGGUUUUGUUUAGUUAGGGAAGAAUAGGGAAGGGUAGUUAUGGAGAAGAAUAGGGUAGGAGUGGGGGUGUAGUUAUGGAGAAGAAUAGGGUUUGGGGGAGGGGGGUAGUUGGAAGAAAUCGGGUAGAGGGGGGUAGUUUAGGGAGGAAGAAUAGGGUAGAGAGGGGUUAGUUAAAUUAUGGAGAAGAAUAGGGUAGAGGGGUGGUAGUUAUGGAGAAGAAUAGGGUAGAGGGGGGUAGUAUGGAGAAGAAAAAGGGGUUUGUUUAGGGUUGGGAGGGGGGGUUUGUUAUGGAGAAGAAUAGGGUUUGAGGGGUUGGUAGUUAUGGAGAAGAAUAGGGUAGAGGGUAGAGGUGGUAGUAUGGAGAAGAAUGGGUAGAGGGGGAAUGGAGAAAAAUAGGGUAUGAGGGGUAGUUAUGGAGGAAAGGGAAUAGGGUAGAGGGGUUAGGGGAGGGGGGGGUAGUUAUGGAGAAGAAUAGUAGGUAGGGGGUAGUAGGUUAUUAGGGAAGAAUAGGGAGAGGGGUAGUUUGGAGAGAGAUAGGGUAGAGAGGGGGGUAGUUAUGGAGAAGAAUAGGGGGUAGGGGGAGGGGGGGUUGGUUAUUGGGAAAAAAUAGGGUAGGGGGUUUUUGUUAUGGAGAAGAAUAGGGGUAGAGGGGUUUGUUUGGAGAAGAAUAGGGUAGUUAGAGGGGUUAGUUUUGGAGAAGAAUAGGGUAGGAGAGGGGUAGUUAUGGGAAGAAAAGAAGAAUAGGUAGGGAGAGGGGUAGUUAUGGAGAAGAAUAGGGUAGAGGGGUAGUUAUGGAGAAGAAUAGGGUAGAGGGGGGGGAGUUAUGGAGAAGAAUAGGGUAGAGGGGUAGUUAUGGGGAAGAAUAGGGUAGAGGGGGGUAGUAUGGGAAAAAUAGGGUAGAGGGGGAGGGUUUUGGAGAAGAAUAGGGUAGAGAGGGGGUUUGUUAUGGAGGGAAAAAUAGGGUAGAGAGGGGUAGUUAUGGAGAAGAAUAGGGUAGAGGGGUAGUUAUGGAGAAGAAUAGGGUAGAAGGGGGGGUAGUUAUGGGAAGAAAUAGGGGUUUGGAGGGGUUAGUUUUGAGGGAAAGAAAAGGGUAGAGGGGUGGGUAGAGGUUUUGUUUGGGAAGAAAAAGAUAGGGGGGAGAGUGGGGUAGUUAUGGAGAAGAAUAGGGUAGAGAGGGGUAGUUAUGGAGAAGAAUAGGGUUUGAGGGGGUGGGGUUUUUGGAGAAGAAUAGGGGUAGACAGGGGUAGUUAUGGGGAAAAAAAUAGGGUAGAGAGGGGUAGUUUUGGAAAGAAUAGGGGUUUGAGGGGUAGUUAUGGAGAGAAUAGGGUUUGGAGGGGGGUUUGGUAGUUAUGGAGAAGAAUAAGGGGAGAGAGGGUAGUUAUGGAGAAGAGGGGGGUAGAAGGAGAGAGGGGGGUAGUUUUGGAGAAAAUAGGGUUUGAUUAGUUAGAGAGGGUAGUUUAUGUAUGAGAAGAUAGGGUAGAGGGGGUAGUUAGUUGAUGGAAGAAGGGUAGUUUUAGUUAUGGAGAAGAAUAGGGUAGAGAGGGGUAGUUAUGGAGAAGAAUAGGGUAGAGAGGGGUAGUUAUGGAGAAGAAUAGGGUAGAGGGGUAGUUAUGGAGAAUAAUAGAGUAGAGGGGUAGUUAUGGCGAAAGAGCGAGAGAAGAGGGGGGUAGUUAAAUAAUCUUAGAUGUAGCAGAGGGUAGCUUUAUCAGAUCAUCAGUCAGGCUGAGAGGUGUGUGUGUGUUAUUGACUGUGUGUGUCAGUGAUGGAGUAGGUUAUUACAGUCUACAGGGAUACUGCAGCAGCAGCAAGGCUCUUUACUCCAGUCUCUGUCCCAAAUGGCUCCCAAUUCCCUCUAUAGUGCACUACUUUUGACCUGGGCCCAUAGGGUAGUGUACUAUAUAGUGAAUAGGGAGCCAUUUGGGAUGCAGAAUCCACUCUCUGUAAUACAACACGUUAACAAUAUGCUGACCUCAUACUGCUUCUAACACACACACACACACCAUUUACUCUGGUGGCUCUGAACUGAUGUAAGUACCUCCUACUAUGCCCGUGUCUACCAUUUAAGCCUAUGCUUUGCUAAUUAAGUCUCUGUCUUGCAGAUUAAACAUUAGCUACAUAAAGCGUAUUCAAGAGUAUACUUCACAUUACACAGUAUACCGUUUGUGCCCUCACAAUACCAAUGUCUUUAUAUUUCAGUUCUACCACUGCAGGACCAAUCAUCCACCUAUGGUGUAUUCUGUUGUGAUAUCACUGGAAUCCCAGCAGGACCAAUCACAUGUCUGUAUUUUGUGUGACAUCACAGGACCCGGCGGUGACCCUGGAUGUUCCGCUGGGGGCCAUUGGCCGGGUGGAGAAGAUGGGCGGAGCCUCCAGUCGGGGGGAGAACUCAUACGGGCUGGACAUCACCUGCAAGGUCAGAUACUGCAUCAUGGUACUGACACCCCUAUGUUAUACAUAGUGGUUCAGUCCGAUUACAUCUGACAACCAGACUAGGACUGAACCACUAUGUAUGAAAAUAGGGGUGUUUCUUUUUUUUUUUAUAUAGAACAUUUAGAUAGAACAUUGUGUUCAGAAACGUUCAUUCCAGUCUUGGAUCAGGAAGUUUCAAUAUAAAAAAAUAUUACAACUAUUUAUUUUGUACUAACAGCAUUUUGUGUGUCUGUGUUAACGCGUGUGCGUGCGUCCAUCCGUGUUAAAGUGUGUCUGUGUGUCUCCCAACAGGACAUGAGGAACCUGAGGUUUGCAUUGAAGCAGGAGGGCCACAGCAGAAGAGACAUCUUUGAUAUCCUGUUUAGAUAUGCCUUCCCCCUAUCCCACGGCCUUGUACGUACCUUUUCAUUUAGUCUCACCUGAUAUCAUUACCCCCUUUUUAAUAACUGUAUAAUAACUAUAUAUGAUUGUACAAGACAAGUGCUUUGUUAGAGUUAAUCAGUUUGAGGUAUCCUGUUAUUUGUCUUUGCUAGGGCUGACCCCAUUUAGUUGACUGGUCGAUUGUUUGGUCGAAAGGCUAUUGUUGGACUGAGAUUUUUUUUGUUGUUGAGCAAUUGCAAAUAUAUUUUUACAAAUUAUGGCACACGAGACACCUGUCUGACUCACGCCUGUCUCAGUGGACUAAUCCAUUGUGGAGGCACACCAGUGUCCCCAGUAGUACAUUUACCUUAAUUACCAUCAUUUAUCAUCUACAAUGUUUGUUUUGUUACGGUAAUUUCUGUUAAUGCGUUCAAUAUAUUAUUAUUAUUAUUACAGUCUUACCGUUGUCAUUGUAGGAGUGGACACGUUGUUUGCGGAGCCCACAACCUACGCUACACUUGUGAUAAAAAAAGUUUUGGUUUAUUUCAUUCCAUUUACAAGUUGUCAAUGUAUUCAUUGUGUUUUGUUUGUAGCGCUCCUGUCAAUGUUGAGUAAGGACACGCACCUGAUUACGCAUAUAGAAGUAGGACUAGUCUACCUGGCCUGCGCGCAAAUGUAGGCUUAGAAAUUUGCCCAUUUGGGGAUCUGAUAGUAUUUCUGAUUGGCUUAACUCACCAUCACUGUGGAGCUUCUCAAAGUAUUUCUUUCUUCGCCUCAAACAGCAAGUAAACAAAGUCUGUUUUUAUAUCCAUUGAGAAUGAAGAGUUCCUCAAUGUAGCCUAUUUGAAGAAUCUGUCCAGCUCUCUCCCUUUCGAUUACCACUCAGCACGAAAGGGGGAAAAAAUGUUAUUGCUUUGAUCCGAUGGAAACGUCAUAAAAUAGGCCUUCCUGAUUACUUCUUAUCCCUUGUGCAAAUAGCCUACAGCUGUGUCUCUGUCCAGAGCUCACUGGCCCGGGAAACUGUGAGGGCCCAGAAUAUUCUAUACAAUAAUAAUAAUAUGCCAUUUAGCAGACGCUUUUAUCCAAAGCGACUUACAGUCAUGUUGCAAGUUUGCUAGAAGGAGCUUCAGGCAGGACCAAGUUAAUAGUUGAAACAAUGUUUCAAGUUCCUUGCAGACAGGCCAUGCGUAGCCAAUGUGAUUUAUAGGAUUAAUUUUUAUCCUGAUAUUUUCUACCUGCAAGCUUUUUUUUUGUUGGCUUUAUGCAGGCUAUUUUUUACAUAUUGGCAAUAGAAGUUACUUUUAGAUUUGUAUCAUUUUCAUUUAGAUUGAAUUUUGAUUAACCUCAUGAUGUUGAUUUUGAGAUAUGAAGACUUUAUUAUGAAUUAAAUGAAACUGUUCCAUGAAAAUGCAUAUGCAUAUGAAAAUCAUAACUGGAACGCAGAUCAGUAGAAAUGGUACGAUAACUUGGCACUCCAAAUGGAAAAGGUUGCAGAUCGUUGGCGUAGCGGAAUGGCAGUCUGAAGGCCAGCUGCAGCGGGAGGAGGAGGGUCGGGAACUGUUUUUUUUUGUUUUUUUUUGUUCUUCUGGUUAGGCUGUAUUGUUUUCUGGCUCCCUCUUUAGUAAUUUGUGUCCAUUUUUAAUCGCAGUGCUUAAAGCAUCAGACAAGCUCAGUAGCCUACAUAUAGUUCAUUUUAUUCAAACAUAUGGUGUGUCUAUGUAUGGAAAAAUACACAUUUUAAAAUGUAGACUAAUCGUUUGGUCGAAAUAACAUAUUUUUUUUUAGUCGGGGACAGCCCUUGCAAAUCAUUAGAGAAGAGUCACCAAACAAUCACUCAUAAAGAGCAGUUGACUUAGCGUUCUCUCUCGCUCUCUGUAGCUUCUGUUUGCGUACCUGAGUCAGGAGAAAUUUGAAGAGAACGGCUGGAGUAUCUACAAACCUGUGGAAGAGUUCAGGCGGCAGGUAUGACUCAUCAUUGUCUUAUUAAAUGUGUCAUUACAUUGUUAUUGCCGGUUUUCUAGGUUGUUGUCUGUGUUGGGAUAGAUCCAAUGCCACACUUACUUAGUCUGCUUAAAUACUGUUGCUUGAAGAUACCCAGGGAAAGACAACCUAAUCAUUCCGUGACAAAGCUUUUGAAAAUAAACCGAUUCAUGCGACCAGUGCCGUUAAACUAGCAUAGCUGGUCCCAUUGUUUAGGAUUAUUCCUCAUUUAUGCAAAGAGUUGUGGGAUAUUAGAAUCCUCUUGUCUUAAACUUCAACCUCGUCAUCAGUGAUGUAGUACUGUACCUCGCCAAUAAUGCAUCCGAUUGAGUCACAGCCUGCAAUCUCUUCGCUGAUUGGCUAUUUGUCUCCCCCCGUCACCAGGGCUUACCCAAUGACAAGUGGCGUAUCACGUUCAUCAAUGCCAACUAUGAGCUGUGCGACACCUACCCCACCAUACUGGUGGUUCCAUUCAAAGCUACAGAGGAAGACCUGAGGAAAGUGUCUACCUUCAGGUCUAGAGGACGCAUACCUGUGAGUCCUUGUUUCUCAUCUCACCCUCUUCCUGCCGUUCUUUCCCCCUUUCAUUCCCUCUACCCAUAUCUCCUUUCUCUCCUUCCAUCUCUCUGUUAUCCCCUACACCUGAUCCCUCUGUGUCUUUCCUUUGACUGUCUCCACCCAACCCACAACCCGAUCCCUCUCUCCGCUCGUCUCUAUCUCUCCCUGCCCUCCUCUCCUGCUGCUCUCUCUCUCAUUCGAUUCAUCUCUCCAUCUUCUUCAUUCUUCAUGCAUUCAUUAUUCAUUCAUCUCAUUCUUCAUCAUUCAUUCAUUCAUUCAUUCAUUCAUUCAUUCAUUCUUCAUUCAUUCAUUCAUUCAUCUUAUAUAUAUAUAUAUUCAUCCUCUAGGUGCUAUCGUGGAUCCACCGUGAGAACCAGGCUGUUAUCUGCCGCUGCUCCCAGCCCCUGGUGGGGAUGUCUGGGAAGAGGAACAAGGACGAUGAGCGCUACCUGGACCUGAUCCGGGAGGCUAACGGCACCGCCAAGCUCACCAUCUACGACGCACGGCCCAGCGUCAACGCCGUCGCCAACAAGGUCAGGAGUCAAAGGUUAAAAGUCGCAUAAAGGUCAUGUCGGCGUAAAAGGGGGUCAUAAGUCUCAUGAGGUGCGUUGGUUGGGUUCUGUUGGGAUGGUGUGUAUAGGUUUAGGCCUCAUAGAUCAUCCAGACAGAGAUGAUAUCAUAGAUAUAUGGGAGUUUUCUAGUUUCUACGUUUCUGGAUUCCUUGUAAGAGUACUUCCCAGAGAAUCUUCUAAGCGAUUCAUGACAUUCUUUCCCUUUUUUCUGCUGUGAUUUAGAUGGUCUUUUGCUUUAGGUCUGGUGUUGUCUUCCGUAGAGAGAUGGACUGUGUUCUCUUGUUGUCCACUGUAGGGUCUUGCUAGUUGUCUCCUACAUUGUGUGCUGGUGUCAGAAGUAAGAACUGAGGAGGUAGAGUUUAGAAGCUAAGAGGACACAGCAACUACACCGUGUGUGUGUGUGUGUGUGUGUGCACCCCGCUUGGAGUGAAAUUGAAUGUUUGAUCUCAAAUUACUAAUAUGGAAUCUAUAUAAUAAUCCCCAAAUAUCUGCCAGUGAGGGGCUUUUAACAACAAGCUGCCUCCGACCUGCAGUGUGUGAUCUCUGCCAGUGAGAGGCUUUUAACAACAAGCUGCCUCCGACCUGCAGUGUGUGAUCUCUGCCAGUGAGAGGCUUUUAACAACAAGCUGCCUCUGACCUGCAGUGUGUGAUCUCUGCCAGUGAGGGGCUUUUAACAACAAGCUGCCUCCGACCUGCAGUGUGUGAUCUCUGCCAGUGAGGGGCUUUUAACAACAAGCUGCCUCCGACCUGCAGUGUGUGAUCUCUGACCUGCAGUGUGUGAUCUCUGACCUGCAGUGUGUGUGUUCCAACAACUGAUCACAACCCCAAAGCAUUUACGAUGACCCUGUUUGAAUCCUUCCCUCCUUGAAGUAAUCGCUGAUCUGACCAUGUUGGAUUGGUCAAAGCCGUAUAGGGUGAAAACCAUAGAAUACAACGCCGUAGUAAAAUACUGUAUUUCCAUGGGGGAAACUUCACUUUCAUUUAUCCAACCACAAAUAGGCCAGUGAUACCCUCGAGAGAGGGGGGGAAAGAAUGAUACUUUUUUUUUUGCAUUUUCAAACGCCAUGGCCAGUGAUUUUUUUCCAUUUUUGUCCAUGAAUGAUGACUCUUCAACCUCUGACCUCUAUCCCCUCUCUCUAGGCCACGGGUGGGGGUUACGAGGGUGAGGAUGCAUAUCAGAACGCUGAGCUGGUGUUUCUAGACAUACACAACAUCCACGUGAUGAGAGAGUCCCUGAAGAAGCUAAAGGACAUCGUCUAUCCCAACGUAGAGGAGUCGCACUGGCUGUCCAGUCUGGAGUCUACACACUGGCUAGAACACAUCAAGGUAGGGCGGCGCACUGGCUGUCCAGUCUGGAGUCUACACACUGGCUAGAACACAUCAAGGUAGGGCGGCGCACACACUUCAAACACCCCUCUCCUCUUCUCUAGCUGCUCAUAUCGGGAGCCAUCCAGGUAGCAGAUAAGAUCAGUGAGGGUAACAGUGUGGUGGUCCACUGUAGUGACUGUCUCUGUGUCUCUCUAUCAGGAGCCAUCCAGGUAGCAGAUAAGAUCAGUGAGGGUAACAGUGUGGUGGUCCACUGUAGUGACUGGCUCUGUGUCUCUCUAUCAGGAGCCAUCCAAGUAGCAGAUAAGAUCAGUGAGGGUAACAGUGUGGUGGUCCACUGUAGUGACUGUCUCUGUGUCUCUCUAGCUGCUCAUAUCGGGAGCCAUCCAGGUAGCAGAUAAGAUCAGUGAGGGUAACAGUGUGGUGGUCCACUGUAGUGACUGGCUCUGUGUCUCUCUAGCUGGUCAUAUCGGGAGCCAUCCAAGUAGCGGACAAGAUAUCGGGUGGUAACUCUGUGAUGGUCCACUGUAGUGAUGGGUGGGACCGGACGGCUCAGCUCACCUCUCUGGCCAUGCUGAUGCUGGACAGCCACUACCGCACCCUGAGGGGAUUCCAGGUAAAGCACUUUGUGACAACGGCUAAUGUAAAAAAAAUAGCUUUAUAAAGUACAUUUGAUUGACUUGAUUUUUGAUUGAUUGAUUUCAGGUGCUGCUGGAGAAGGAGUGGAUCAGCUUCGGACACAAGUUUGCCAACGUAAGUCCACCCUGUUCCAAGGCAUUCACUCUCAGCUUAUGAUGAGAAUGGAAAAAGUGCUUGUUGUGUUGAGGAAUUUGAACUCUGGUAAUGACGUUUUCAGUCAUAGAUUGUUUUUGUAUGCUUAUUUGUGCUGUCAACUGGGGACCAAAUGAUCUCUGGGAAGCAGUGGAGGCUGCUGAGGGGAGAACGGCUCUUAAUAAUGGCUGGAACGGAGCAAAUGGAAUGCACACCUGGAAACCAUGUGUUUGAUGCCAUAACGCUCCCGCCAUUACCAACGAGCCGUCCUCCCCAAUUAAGGUGCCACCAACCUCCUGUGAUGGGAAGCAACUAAACGGACCAAUAUUAUGUACAGAGAAAUAUCAAGGACCAGGAAGAACAAACUAGAGAUAAUAAGAAGCUGUUUACACUGUGCUCUCUCCCCCCCUGUGUGUCUAUAUAGAGGAUAGGACACGGGGAUAAGAACCAUGCGGAUCAGGACAGGUCUCCUAUCUUCGUACAGUUCAUAGACUGUGUCUGGCAGAUGACCAAACAGGUAGGAACAGUAGACACCUGUGUAGAGCUUUAUUUCAAUUUGUCUUUUCCACGACGAUCUUCUGACUUCCUCCUCGACUGUAUUGGAGGAGAAGGCCCAAGGUCCCGCCCUUCGAACCUUCUUCUCCCAAUGCAUUUUGAGAAGGAAGUGAGGAGAGAGGAUGCAAGGAAUCGAGGAAGAAUUUACUGAGAAAAAGCCUACGGGUUUAAAACCUCUAUCUCUCCCCUUCUCCUCCAGUUCCCGACAGCGUUUGAGUUUAACGAGCGUCUCCUAGUGACCAUCCUGGACCACCUGUUCAGCUGUCGCUUUGGAACCUUCCUCUACAACUGCGAGAGCGCCAGGGACACCAACGUAAGUUACCUGUUAGGUCUGGGAAUUGCCAGGGACCUAACGGUACGAUAUUAUCACGAUACCGAGGUGCCGUUUUUUGUGAUAUGUAUUGCGAUUCUCACGAUUCUAUAUUGUAUUGCGAUUCGAUAAUGGGAUUUUAUUGCGAUUCGAUGUUCCAAGCAUAUUUCUCACCCUAUGUCUGCUGCAGAGGGACAAGCCAUGAGAAAAGCUAUGAAGGAAAAAUAGAGUUUUGGUGCAGGUACAGCCGACUAGCGCAAAAAUGUAUAUUGCGAUAUUGUUAAAAUUAUACGAUAUAUCGUCAAAAAUAAUAUCCCGAUAUUUUACUGUAUUAAAAAAAAUGUCUAUCUGGCUAGCUGUGUGUCUUUCUGUCUUUGGAACCUUCCUCUUCAACUGUAAGAGUGCCAGGGACACCAACGUAAGUUCCACCUCCAGUCUCUCUCUCUCUCUCUCUCUCCCACUUUCUGUUUCUCUCUCCCCCUACAAGUGCAAUUGUCUGAGACAACAAUAUGAGUCAGAGCCCAGCUUCUCUCCUCUCACUCUCUCUUUUUGUCAUUUCCUCUUUUCCCUCUCUGUUAACUCUUUCUCUGUGACCUUCUCUCUUCUUUUCUACAUUAGUCUUCUUGUAUCGCACACUCCAAUUCCCAGCUAGCACAUAACGUUCUGAGGACCAUAUAUAUUUCUUAGAGCUUGGUGAGAGCGUGGUUGUCCUAUGGUUAUUUUGCAUACAACUUUCCCACAACAUUCUGGGAAUGGUGCAGGAUACCCAGCUAGCACAUAACGUUCUGAGAACUAUGUUUCUUAGGUGGGAAUUUGAUUACUUCAGCAUAAUGUUUUCAGCAGGUUUCCUCAUGGUUCUAUUUAAAGUCAUGUUCUCAGAACAUUAAGAAAACAUUAACGUUCAUAGAACGUUCUAAGAAUGUUGUUUAAAAACAUAUACGUUCCGUUCUCAGCGUCAACAAAACACUAUCCUCUAUCUUGUUAAGUAUGUUCAGGUGUGUUGGCUGCGCCCACUAAUUGGCCACACCUGAUCUUAAUGAGUGCUUGUUUCCUUUGAAAUGGGGUCUGUUUGAAUAGAAAAAUUAACAGCUUUGUAUGAGUUAAAAAACUGUGGACUAAUUCCAUGAAUAGAGACCAGAAGAUCAUAGGUUCGAAUUUCACUAAAAGAGACAUGUUUGUAUGAUUAAUGCCUAAGCAAAUGAAUUUCCAUAUGUCCUAUCUGUGCUUGGAGUUAAAAACAGUUAACCCAAACUAGUGUUAUUAAAAGUCUUAUUGAAACAUGUUCUCAGAACGUUAUUUAAUUACCUUGUAACAACCUAUAAUUUCUGUUCUCAGAACGUUAAUAAAACCUCCCAGGAAAAUGUUCAGGGAACCAUAGUAAAACAUUCUCAGAACCUCCCUGCAACCUAAAAAUGAAUGUUCCCAGAACUUCCAAGGAACCAAAUGUGCUAGCUGGGUCUUUCCCGUCUCUCUACAAUAUGUUCCUCUGCCAACCCUCACUCUCACUAUUUACCUUUCCUUCUCCCUCCUUCUAUCUUACGUGUCAUCCGGCCUGCGAGCCCAUUCAAUCCGUCUCGUGGGUGGAUCUCAAUCGACAUUUUAAAGACUAAAGCCAAAUCCAAACUGUGUGAAAAAUGAUAAUGGACCUACAUUUACAGUCUCUUCACUCUACCCAGCUUGCUAACGGUCAUCGAAACGAAAGCGAGACAGAGAGCAUAGUAAAGAUAAUCCAUUUUAAUUGCGUCCCUUCGGACCUAGGUGAAGACCGACUGCGGCCUGCGGAGGAAAUGAGUUCGACACCCUCUACCUCGAUCUCUCUCAAAAACCCACUCUCUUUCUCAUCUUCUUUUUCCUGGUAUCCAAUUGGUAGUUAGUCUUGUCCCAUCGCUGCAACCCUCGUACGGACUCGGGAGAGGCGGAGGUCGAGAGCCGUGCGUCCUCCGAAAACACAACCCAACCGAGCCGCACUGCUUCUUGACACAAUGCCUGCUUAACCCGGAAGAAAGCCGCACCAGUGUGUCGCAGGAAACGCUGUACACUUGGCGACCGUGUCAGCGUGCACUGCGCCCGGCCCGCCACAGGAGUAGCUAGUGCGCGAUGGGACAAGAACAUCCCUGCCGGCCAAACCCUCCCCUAACCUGGACGACGCUGGGCCAAUUGUGCGCCGCCCCAUGGGUCUCCCGGUCGCGGCCAGCUGCGACAGAGCCUGGACUCAAACCAGGAUCUCUAGUGGCACAGCUAGCACUGCGAUGCAGUGCCUUAGACCACUGCGCCACUCGGGAGGCCGCCCUCUUUGUCUUUCAUUUUCCCUCCCCCCUCCCCCUCCUCCCUCCACCUCCCCUCCCCUCCUCCCUCCACCUCCCCUCCCCUCCUCCCUCCACCUCCCCGCCACCUCCCCUCCCUCCUCCCUCCACCUCCCUCCCCUCCUCCACCUCCCCUCCCCUCCUCCACCUCCCCUCCCCUCCUCCACCUCCCCUCCCCUCCUCCACCUCCCCUCCCCUCCUCCCUCCCCUCCACCUCCCCCCCCUCCACCUCUCCUCCUCACCCCCCUCCCCCUCCUCCCUCCCCCCUCCCCUCCUCCCUCCCCCCUCCCCCCUCCUCCCUCCCUCCCUCCCCCUCCUCUCCCCUCCCUCCCCCCUCUCCCCCUCUCCCCUCUCUCCCCUCCCCCCCCCUCCCCCCUCCCCCCCCUCCCCCCCUCCCUCCCCUCCCUGCCCUCCCUCCUCCCCCCUCCUCCUCCCCUCCUCCCUCCUCCUCCCUCCCUCCCCACCCCCCUCCCCUCCCCCUCCCCUCCUCCCCUCACCCCUCCCUCCCUCCCUCCCUCCCACCCCUCCCUCCCUCCCCCCCUCCCCCCCACCCUCCCCAUCCCCCCUCCCAUCCUCCCUCCUCCCUCCCUCCCCCCCCUCCCCUCCUCCCUCCUCUUGAUCAUGUGAAGUAGAGCAGAAGAGAGAGCGAGAGAGCGAUGGGACGCAUGACUGGUUCUGAGUGGCAGUAAUAAUGCACUACUCUCUAUGAUACAAAGACUAGUCUACACAAGACAUAAGACUUGAAUUAUUGUUCCAGAAUCUCUCCUUGAUGUUCCCUCUGUCUCUUUCUGUGAUUCCGAUGGCUAAGAUAGGUUGUGGGUUUCAUUCAAAUAUGGGUCAUACUGAAUAUAUUUAUGUUUACUGUAGGUUGCUGUGCAUAUAAGUGUCUGCUAAAAGACCAUAUUUCAUUAUCUCUCUUCCCCCCUCCCCUCUCCCUCUCUCUCUCCAGGAGUUGCGGUCUAAGACGGUGUCUCUGUGGUCCUGGUUAACUUCUCUCUUUCGCUCUCCAACCCUCCUAAAUUAUUAUUCUCUACCCCCCCUCUUCCCCUCUCCCCCCUCUCCAGGAGUUGCGGUCUAAGACGGUGUCUCUGUGGUCGUUGGUGAACAGUGAUGCGUCCUCCUACCAGAACCCCUUCUACACCCCAGAGUCCAAUAGAGUCCUCUACCCCGUAGCCAGCAUGAGACACCUAGAACUCUGGGUGACUUACUACAUCCGCUGGAACCCGCGCAUUCGACAACAGGUACAUUUUGCUACAGUACGUCCCAAUUAUCAGUCCUUCCUACCAAAGUGUGCACCUAUUCACUUUCCUUCACUGAUUUUAAAAAGGCCCAUGCCUCCACCAAUACAAUGCUUUUAGAUUUGUGGAAAGUAGUGAAUCAAUGAUGGAUGAAUAAUAUGGGCAACAAAUCUCAACAACAAACGUAACACUUUUAGGAUUGAGCUACAACACACGAUACACAGCACUGAACAAACUGUACAGUCAAACAGACUGGCCAAUCAGAGUUGGGGGUAAUCUUGUGAUCAAUCUUCCCUGUAAAAUAACAUUUCAGCACUGAGCAAAUUUCAGGUCUGCUGAGCGCACACUUGAACGUUGUGAGAAUUCUUUGCAACUUCUGGAACGUGUUUAUUGUGAACACUGAGGCUGUACCCGCUUUAAGUUACAGUUUUAACAGUGGCCAUGUAGGCUACUGUGGCUAUGUGAUCAUAAUGAAGGCCUACCAGAGUGGCCUACCAUCAAAAACAAUGGAGAAAAUGCAUCCCAUAACAUUUUAAUAUGGAAAUAGCUGUUAUAUCACUCAGCCUACAGGAGCAGCGAAUGUGUGGUGUUCAAUGUAGGCCUACAUUCCAUGAGACUUUUAGAAAAAAACAUGCAGGGCUUGACAUUAACCUGUUUAUCCACUUGUCCUUCAGACAUGGAGGUGACUGAAAAUGUUGUUGUUUGAUGCAAGAAACCACUGUACAAAAUAAAGUUAAUUAUUAUUCCCAUACCAUUAUUACAAAGAAUUAGACAAAUGACGCUGCCCUCUGCCUAUUGGCUACUUAGCUUUUUUUAUUUGUUUCAUUUAAUUCACCUUAAUUUAACCAGGUAAGCCGGUUGAACAAGUUCUCAUUUAAAACUGCGACCUGGCCAAGAUAAAGCAAAGUAGUGUGAUUUAAAAACAACAACAACACAGAGUUACAUAUGGGAUAAACAAAAUGUACAGUCAAUAACACAAUAGAAAAUCUAUAUACAGUGUGUGCAAAUGUAGUAAGUUAUGGAGGUAAGGCAAUAAAUAGGCCAUAGUGCAAAAUAAUUACAAUUUAGUAUUAACACUAGAGUGAUAGAUGUGCAGAAGAUGAUGUGCAAAUAGAGAUACUGGGGUGCAAAUGAGCAAAAUAAAUAACAAUGUAAAUAACAAUAUGGGGAUGAGGUAGCUGGGUGGGCUAAUUACAGAUGGGCUGUGUACAGGUGCAGCUUAUUCAAGCCUGUCUCAAAAUACAACACUGCAGUGUUUAAGACAGAGAAAAUGCUCUUUACCUGACUCGCUUUUCAAAGAUGUCUAGAAAUGCACACGUUUUGUGCCCUUGUAGGAAGCAACCACUCCCCCAUUGGUGACUAGAAAUGAGCUAUAACUGGGCUAAUAAUUAACUUACUAGCAAAUAAUAUGAACAAAUGUGCACACGUGGCUACAUGCAGCUCUCGUUUGAUCUCAAAACAAGCGCAUCUACUCGCGACCACUCAUGCUGUAAACACAGUCCAGUUCAAAGGAAUGGCACAGAUUCAUAUAUGGCAAUUGCAUAUUUGCAUAUAGGGAUACUACAGCUCUGAUUGGUUAUGCCGCACCGGUCUGUAGUGUACAGGCUGAGUCGUGCCUACAAGAAAAUCUUGCAUAGUUCGUUUUGUUCGAGUAUGUUGCAUUGAAAGUGGCUAAUAUUGGCAAUACCCACGGUAGAGGGGAAACGUUGAUAGUGUUAACCAGUGCUUGACUUGGGAUGGAAGAAGUGCAGGAGCUAUGUUCACCGAAAUUCACAAAUGACAUUGUGCUAUAGAGACCUCUGAUUAUUCACUGUUAACGAUUUAAACACAUUUUCCAUUACUUCUCCAUGACUUUUAACCAAAUUGUCAUGACUAUUUUAUGAGAAAGUAUGAAUUAUUGACACUGGAAAGCUGCAGUGUUUGAUCCCAUGUAGACCUACCACCUCCUAGCCCCCGACAUAGAACUGCACUGUUAGUAACAUGUUGUCAACAUGUAUGUCAACUCUCCAUCUGGAGAGCUCCUGGGUGUGCAGGCUUGGCUUUUUCAACAUUACAACCAAAUACCUUUGUCUUUAUGAAAUGAUUCCCCCAUUCAAUAAAUCAGGGAUUAAAUGGAUAAGGUAGGCGACUUCAAAGCAAGGUAUCUAACUAGACAUCUUUACACACUACCGGUCAAAAGUUUUAGAACACCAGAGGCGUCAUGCACCCCAAAAAUCUGAAGGGGCACAAAGUACACUACCGGUUUUAGAACACCUACUUAUUCAAGGGUUUUUCUUUAUUUUUUUUACUAUUUUCUACAUUGUAGAAUAAUAGUGAAGACAUCAAAGCUAUGAAAUAACACAUUUGGAAUCAUGUAGUAACCAAAAAAGUGUUAAACAAAUGAAAAUAUAUUUUAUAUUUGAGAUUCUUCAAAUAGCCUCCCUUUGUCAUGACUCUCUCCUUGGUGAGGAUCAAAGGUAUCUGGCAAAUGGCUAACAAAUAGCCAGAUCCCCCCCGCUCUCCCACAGGAGAGAAGAAGGGGGAGUUGGGACGGUUUUAUGACUUAACAGCCGGUCAUAAAUAGUUUGCAGAAAAGGACUCCUUUUGGUCUCUAGUAUGGGAAGACUGAGGUGUUCUUUGUUCCAGAGACUCUUUGCCGCCAAAACUUUCUAUUGACCCCACCUUCCCCUAACCAAGCAGUCAUGGUGUUGUUAGGCCACUAUAGGCCUGUUUUCAUUGUAUUACUACAUUAGUAAUCAAUAACCUAUACUGUGUGUGUUUAUGUAUUCUGUGUUAUUAUUUAGUUAGUACAGUGAGGGAAAAAAGUAUUUGAUCCCCUGCUGAUUUUGUACGUUUGCCCACUGACAAAGAAAUGAUCAGCCUAUAAUUUUAAUGGUAGGUUUAUUUGAACAGUGAGAAAUAGAAUAACAACAAAAAUUCUCCAGAAAAACGCAUGUCAUGUACCGAUUUUGUACGUUUGCCCACUGACAAAGAAAUGAUCAGUCUAUAAUUUUAAUGGUAGGUUUAUUUGAACAGUGAGAGACAGAAUAACAACAAAAUAAUCCAGAAAAAAGCAUGUCAAAAAUGUUAUAAAUUGAUUUGCAUUUUAAUUAGGGAAAUAAGUAUUUGACCCACUCUCAAUCAGAAAGAUUUCUGGCUCCCAGGUGCCUUUUAUACAGGUAAGGAGCUGAGAUUAGGAGCACACUCUUAAAGGGAGUGCUCCUAAUCUCAAUUUGUUACCUGUAUAAAAGACACCUGUCCACAGAAGCAAUCAAUCAAUCAGAUUCCAAACUCUCCACCAUGGCCAAGACCAAAGAGCUCUCCAAGGAUGUCAGGGUCAAGAUUGUAGACCUACACAAGGCUGGAAUGGGCUACAAGACCAUCACCAAGCAGCUUGGUGACUAGGUGACAACAGUUGGUGCGAUUAUUCGCAAAUGGAAGAAACACAAAAUAACUGUCAGUCUACCUCGGCCUGGGGCUCCAUGCAAGAUCUCACCUCGUGGAGUUGCAAUGAUCAUGAGAACGGUGAGGAAUCAGCCCAGAACUACACGGGAGGAUCUUGUCAAUGAUCUCAAGACAGCUGGGACCAUAGUCACCAAGAAAACAAUUGGUAACACACUACGCCGUGAAGGACUGAAAUCCUGCAGCGCCCGCAACGUCCCCCUGCUCAAGAAAGCACAUCUGCCCGUCUGAAGUUUGCCAAUGAACAUCUGAAUGAUUCAGAGGAGAACUGGGUGAAAGUGUUGUGGUCAGAUGAGACUAAAAUGGAGCUCUUUGGCAUCAACUCAACUCGCCGUGUUUGGAGGAGGAGGAAUGCUGCCUAUGACCCCAAGAACACCAUCCCCACCAUCAAACAUGGAGGUGGAAACAUUAUGCUUUGGGGGUGUUUUUCUGCUAAGGGGACAGGACAACUUCACCGCAUCAAAGGGAUGAUGGACGGGGCCAUGUACCGUCAAAUCUUGGGUGAGAACCUCCUUCCCUCAGCCAGGGCAUUGAAAAUGGGUCGUGGAUGGGUAUUCCAGCAUGACAAUGACCCAAAACACACAGCCAAGGCAACAAAGGAGUGGCUCAAGAAGAAGCACAGUAAGGUCCUGGAGUGGCCUAGCCAGUCUCCAGACCUUAAUCCCAUAGAAAAUCUGUGGAGGGAGCUGAAGGUUCGAGUUGCCAAACAUCAGCCUCGAAACAUUACUGACUUGGAGAAGAUCUGCAACAAAAUCUGGAACAAAAUCCCUCCUGAGAUGUGUGCAAACCUGGUGGCCAACUACAAGAAACGUCUGACCUCUGUGAUUGCCAACAAGGGUUUUGCCACCAAGUACUAAGUCAUGUUUUGCAGAGGGGUCAAAUACUUUUUUCCCUCAUUAAAAUGCAAAUCAAUUUAUAACAUUUUUGACAUGCGUUUUUUCUGGAUUUUUUUGUUGUUAUUCUGUCUCUCACUGUUCAAAUAAACCUACCAUUAAAAUUAUAGACUGAUCAUUUCUUUGUCAGUGGGCAAACGUACAAAAUCAGCAGGGGAUCAAAUACUUUUUUCCCUCACUGUAUAUAUAUAUCUUCUAUGGGUUUAAUUCGGGAGACGGGAACUCGUUAAACAACUUAUUCCGUGGUGCCCCAAAAUCCUAAUCAGUUAAUUGUUACAUUAUUCAUUUAAUCAAGUGACAAUUAAACAAAGUUAGUUGAUUCGAUAAAUAACAGUCAUCAGAUUAAUGUAAAUCACGUCACGACACCUUGAUGACAGCUUUGCACACUCUUGGCAUUCUCUCAACCAUCUUCACCUGGAAUGCUUUUCCAACAGUCUUGAAGGACUUCAUGAUUUUCCUUUACUCUCCGGUUCGACUCAUACCAAACCAUCUCAAUUUGGUUGAGGUCAGGGGAUUGUGGAGGGCAGGUCAUCUGAUGCAGCACUCCAUCACUCUCCUUCAGCCUGAAGGUGUGUUGGGUCAUUGUCCUGUUGACAAACAAAUGAUAGUCCCACUAAGCCCAAACCAGAUGGGAUGGCGUAUCGCUGCAGAAUGCUGUGGUAGCCAUGCUGGUUAAGUGUGCCUUGAAUUCUAAAUAAAUCACAGAUCGUGUCACCAGCAAAGCACCCCCACACCAGAACACCUACUCCUCCAUGCUUUACGGUGGGAAAUACACAUGCAGAGAUCAUCCGUUCACCCACACCGCGUCUCACAAAGAUAUGGCGGUUGAAACCAGACCAAAUGACAAAUUUCCACCGGUCUAAUGUCCAUUGCUCGUGUUUCUUGGCCCAAAGUCUCUUCUUCUUAUUGGUGGCCUUUAGUAGUGGUUUCUUUGCAGCAAAAAUCGACCAUGAAGGCCUGAUUCACAGUCUCCUCUGAACAGUUGAGAUGUGUCUGUGACUUGAACUGUGAAGCAUUUAUUUGGGUUGCAAUUUCUAAGGCUGGUAACUCUAAUGAACUUAUCAUCUGCAGCAGAGGUAACUCUGGGUCUUCCAUUCCUGUGGCGGUCCUCAUGAGAGCCAGUUUCAUCAUAGCGCUUGAUGGUUUUUGCGAUUGCACUUGAAGAAACCUUCAAAGUUCUUGAAAUGUUCCGUAUUGACUGACCUUCAUGUCUUUAAAGUAAUGAUGGACUGUCGUUUCUCUUUGCUUAUUUGAGCUGUUCUUGCCAUAAUAUGGACUUGGUGUUUGACCAAAUAGGGCUAUCUUCUGUAUAGCCCCUCCUACCUUGUCACAGCACAACUGAUUGGCUCAAACGCAUUAAGAAGGAAAGAAAUUCCACAAAUUAACUUUUAAGAAGGUAACCCUGUUAAUUGAAAUGCAUUCCAGGUGACUACCUCAUGAAGCUGGUUGAGAGAAUGCCAAGAGUGUGCAAAGGUGUCAUCAAGGCAAAGGGUGGCUAGUUUGAAGAAUCUCAAAUGUAAAAUAUAUAUAGAUUUGUUUAACACUUUUUUUGGUUACUACAUGAUUCCAUAUGUGUUAUUUCAUAGUUUGGCUCUCUUCUGUAUUCAUGUUUCAGGGGAGAUCUAUGCACAGCCAGUUCUUUGUCAGUUAUUCUUAGAAUAUUUUUUACGUUGUUGCAAUUACAUGGCUACUGUUUAAUAGAGGGGAAUCCCAGCUUUCCAGUGGUGCAGAUUUAUUUAGGCUCUACAGUGACAAGGUGGAAAGGUGACAACGAAAGUUGAUGCUUAGUUAUCUAUCGUUAACUAGCGAGUUAACUUGUAGCCGUUAUGUUUUGGAAUUGGUGAUCUAGUUAGUCUGGUUGUCAUUAUUUUAUACCUGCUGCUGAAAUGUCGCACUCUCUCUCCUCGGGCAACGGCCAACUGGCACUGGCACACAUGCAGCACCACAGACAUGCACUGAAGGGUCAUUCCGAUAAUGGCUGAUAUGUUUUUUUAUUUUUAUUGGUUGAUCAUCAUUUAAAAAAGUAUGCUUUCAUGAAUUACAUUAACAACAGCUAUGAAACUAAUUUCCAUGACUUCUCAUGAAUUGCAAACCCUCAUUUGACAACAUGGAACAGCGUAUCAUGUCAUUCAGGCUGGUACAUUUUCAAUCUGCGCGAUCUGGAACAGCCUACUGUCACUCACAGAUUCACAGACUAGCGGCAAAUACAUUUGAACAAAGCAGAAUCAGGAAAUGAAUGCCCCCUCUCCAUUGCUAUUCAAUGAAGAUCCCGUCUUCAUUCCGCUUUGAUCAGCCUUUUUUUGCCUCGGUGUGUUAAUCUGGGACAGCGAUAGGUUACUUUGUUUUUAUAGAUGAGCCAAUACGCAAUUCCCCAAAAAUCUGAAGUGCCGGACAGCUCCGGCCCAAGUCAACCACUGGUGUUAACUAAAAGGGGAAAACUAGAAAGUUGAGUGAAGUUCAAUCUCGUGCUUCUCUGCGCGGGCUGAUAUUUCUUCUGCCUGCAGCUUAGAGGGAAAUUGCUUGUGAUCAGUCUGAUUGUGAAGGAUUGCCUCUGGGGAUAUUUUGGUUUGGCUGCAGUAUUGCCGUGGCAUCCUGAAUGACUCGCAGUGUUGGGGUCUGAGUGUGUGUUGCGGAGUGUGUGUGUGUGUGUGUGUGUCUGCUGCCUGUUCUUACACACACACACACACACACCUCUUUCCCCUAGCUCUAUUAACCCCCCCCGUACACACACACACACACACACCCCUGCAGCCCAAACAGUCAACAGGGUUUGAGUCACUGGAGCAGAAAAUCCUAUUUCCCUGUCAUAAUCACACAAACACAGAGAGAGACAUUAACCAAAGCCUAAAGGAGUGAGUGAGUGAGUGUGUGUGUGUGUCCACAUGCGUGGAAGGAAGCUAAAGUAAUUCCACUGCCUAAACAUAGUAAAGCGCCCUUUACUGGCUCUAACAGCCACCCAAUCAGUUUACUGCCUGUUCUUAGGAAAUUGAUGGAGAGAAGUGUUUGAUCAAAUACAAUGCUAUUUUUCAGAGAACGAGUCAACUACUGACUUUCAGCAUGCAUAUAGAGAACGGCACUCAACUUUUACUGCACUGACUCAUAACUGAUGAUUGGUUAAAAUAAAUGGAUAAUAAUAGUUUGAGCUGUAUUGUUAGAUUUCAGUGCAGCCUUUGAUGUAAUUGAUCAUACAUUGCUGUUGUUGCUAUGGCUUUAAAUCACCUGCCAUCACAUGGUUGGAGAGUUAUUUAUCCAAUAGAACUCUUUAGCUAAUAGUGUUCUUCAAUGGAAGCUUCUCUAGCAUCAGAUAGGUGAGAUAAUAUCUAGAUGCUUUUUAUAGUGGAGAUCAAGUUUAUAAAUUGCCUGGCUGGGCUGAUGAGACAGUGGAUUGCGCAGUCAGCUAGUCUCAUAGCAAAGGGUCUGAAUACUUAUGUAAAUAUAGUAUUUGUUUUUUAUUUGUAAUACAUGUGCAAAAAAAAAAUUACCUGUAUUCGCUUUGUCAUUACGGGGUCUUUUGUUUGGAGUGCUCAAUGUGAGCAAUGAGCAUGUCUGGUUUCUCUGUCCUGAUGAUAGAGGGAACACGGGCACCUGAGCACACACAGAAGAGCAUGUCUGGUUUCUCUGUCCUGAUGAUAGAGGGAACACGCGCACCUGAGCACACACAGAAGAGCAUGUCUGGUUUCUCUGUCCUGAUGAUAGAGGGAACACGCGCACCUGAGCACACACAGAAGAGCAUGUCUGGUUUCUCUGUCCUGAUGAUAGAGGGAACACGGGCACCUGAGCACACACAGAAGAGCAUGUCUGGUUUCUCUGUCCUGAUGAUAGAGGGAACACGGGCACCUGAGCACACACAGAAGAGCAUGUCUGGUUUCUCUGUCCUGAUGAUAGAGGGAACACGGGCACCUGAGCACACACAGAAGAGCAUGUCUGGUUUCUCUGUCCUGAUGAUAGAGGGAACACGCGCACCUGAGCACACACAGAAGAGCAUGUCUGGUUUCUCUGUCCUGAUGAUAGAGGGAACACGCGCACCUGAGCACACAGAAGUACCUGGCCUGCUGCGCGGAAAUGAAGGAACGUUUUUUUUACAUCCGUUGAGAAUGAUAUUAUAUUAAAACUCUAGUUCCUCACAGUAAGCCAUUUGAAAAAUCUUUCCAACAAUCUCCCCCUCUCGAUAAUCCCCAAUCAUCGUUGUGAAAGAGCUAUGGAGGUUAUAGGCCUACUGCUUGCUGCCUAUAGGCUAUGAGUUAGUUCCAUGCGCUCCUUUCUUAAGCCGCCAAUGGAUCACGCUGUAUCCAUGUGUCCAUAUGGCAGAUGCUGGUGAUCUCGCAUUAGUUGAGUUUUAACUUUUUUGGAUUUUUAUCAUUUUAAUUCCGAUUUCUAUGAUUAACCACAUGACAAUGAUUUUGAGAAAUGGAAACGUUGCUAUUGAAACUGUAGGAUAAAUUGUAAGUGAUAUUGAAAUAAUAGGAUAAAUUGUAAGCUUCCCCAAACUUGAAACUCACGCGCAGCCUAUGGAGUCUUCAUAAAAUAAUUGCCUCCACGUUUCCAUGGUCGGAUUUCGCCUAUAGGCUACUUUAAAUCAAGGCAAGACAUGCCUCAUAAUAUGAAUAUGAAAUUUUCCGGUUUCAAACUAUUUAAGUGUGUUUUCAAAAUGCAUACUGCCUCCUGCGCACAUUGUUACGUGGUGGGUGACUCGCUGAUAACCUGUUGCCUGCACUUGAGUGGUGAAUGGGGGGCGCGUUCCAGUUGAGAAAUAAAAAUAGUAGCUCUUUAAUCGUGCACUAAAACUGUUUUUAACACGUGAUUGCAUUUUUAGAAUUGUUGCACAACGAAUGAGCUUAUAAAAGCACGUUUUACUCCAGCAGCUCAGGUUGAGAAGCAGCAGGAGAAAUCACGCUCAAAAUAGGCUCUGUAUGCUGUGCGCGUGUGAUAGUUGUGUUGGAUAAAUAAGAUACAUGAUGACUAACAAAAAUACACUCGGGCCAAUUUAAUUCCUCUAAAUUAUGCAAAAUAACCUAUAGACCAACAAGCAUGACGGUAAAAUGUAUUUCAGUCGACUGGUAUUUCCAUCAAUGAAUAAAAAGUGUUUCUUUUUUUUUUACUCCCGGUCAUUUUGGCCAGCAACAGUUUUUAUCUGCUUUUCUUUUAAUAAUAAUAAUAAUAUGCCAUUUAGCAGACGCUUUUAUCCAAAGCGACUUACAGUCAUGCGUGCAUACAUUUUUUUUUUUUGAAGGAAAUGUUGCUGUUUGCUUGAGUAAUUGGAGAUGGAAGGGAGUUCCAUGCGAUCACGGCUCUGGAUAAUACUGUGCGUUGCCGUGAAUUUGUUUUGGACUUGGGGAUUGUGAAGAGAUCCCUGGUGGCAUGUCUUGUGGGGUAUGGAUGAAUGUCUGAGCUGAAUGUUAUUUGAUUAUGCAGACAAUCUGGAAUUGUCAUUAUAGUAAUGCUUCUCAUAACUAGAAGAGAAGCAGUUAAUCUCUCAUAAACCCUCAACCAGGAAAGACUAUCAUGCAUGUUGUUGAUAGUUCUGUAUGUGCAGUUAAGGCCAAGGCGUGCUGCUUUGUUUUGAGCCAGCUGCAGCUUUGCUAGGUCUUUCUUUGCUGCUUUGUUUUGAGCCAGCUGCAGCUUUGCUAGGUCUUUCUUUGCUGCUUUGUUUUGAGCCAGCUGCAGCUUUGCUAGGUCUGUCUUUGCUGCUUUGUUUUGAGCUACUUUUCUUUCUUUUUAUUGGCUAAAAGCCGGUAAUUGACGGCUAACGGAAAUCCUGGUCAGCACCCAAAGCCAGUGAACUAAAUAAGGAGUUAGUCAGUAUCGGAAUGGGUGAUUUUAAUAAUAAACUGGUCUUAAAUGCAUCUAAAACUAAAAUAAAUGUUAUUUGGUUCAAACCAUUCUCUGGAGUUUAAAAGGGUGUGACGAUUGAGAGAGUUGAGGAAGCUGAACUCCUAGGAGUAACAUUGGAUGGUCAGUUAUCAUGGUAUGUCUGUUUUUAAAAGAUGGUCUGUGUUUUUGACACAGCAACUGUACUACUUGUUCAGGCUCUGGUCUUGUCCCAUCUUCAUUACUGUCCGGUAAUAGGGUCAAGUGCAGCAAAGAAAGACCUAGCAAAGCUGCAGCUGGCUCAAAACAAAGCAGCAAAGAAAGACCUAGCAAAGCUGCAGCUGGCUCAAAACAAAGCAGCAAAGACAGACCUAGCAAAGCUGCAGCUGGCUCAAAACAAAGCAGCAAAGAAAGACCUAGCAAAGCUGCAGCUGGCUCAAAACAAAGCAGCACGCCUUGGCCUUAACUGCACAUACAGAACUAUCAACAACAUGCAUGAUAGUCUUUCCUGGUUGAGGGUUUAUGAGAGAUUAACUGCUUCUCUUCUAGUUAUGAGAAGCAUUACUAUAAUGACAAUUCCAGAUUGUCUGCAUAAUCAAAUAACAUUCAGCUCAGACAUUCAUCCAUACCCCACAAGACAUGCCACCAGGGAUCUCUUCACAAUCCCCAAGUCCAAAACAAAUUCACGGCAACGCACAGUAUUAUCCAGAGCCGUGAUCGCAUGGAACUCCCUUCCAUCUCCAAUUACUCAAGCAAACAGCAACAUUUCCUUCAAAAAAAAAAAAGAUUAAACAUCUCAUGCAACAUAAUUUUAUUGGUUGUAUUAUUUUUAUAUUUGUUGUAUUGUUCGUAUAUUGUUCUAUUUUUAAUUUGUGUGACAGUCCUUGUCUAUCAGUGUUUUGUUCCUUGUGUGUUUUUUGUGGACCCCAGGAAGAAUAGCUGCUGCUUUGGAAAAAGCUACUGGGGAUCCUAAUAAACAAACAGUAUUGUGUGUUGGCAUCAGACCAGCUUGCUGCUCCCAUUUAAAACACUCUAGACAUCGAUAAUGAAUAUUCAUGUUUUCAUUGUGUGUCUCUUGUGCCUCUAUACCUCUUUGUGAUUGUUUAUAUGCUUAUCUGUUUGCGUUGUUUGCAUAUAAUUAACAGUAUUUUUUCCCCCCCCCUCUCUCCCCUCCUUGUCCUGCUCCCCAUCCUCUCACCCCUUCGCUGCCUCUCCCUUUCCCCCUUCCCUGGUCUCAUCCCUCUCUCUGCCUCCCCCUGGUGGUGGUGGUUAUUUAUAUUCUACACUAUCUGACUCUAUCCUACUCUACACUAUCCUACUCUACCCUACAGCAGCAGAGUCCAGUGGAGCAGCGUUACAUAGAGCUGUUAGCCCUGAGAGAUGAAUACCUGAAGAAACUAGAGGAACUGCAGCUCUCUGACUCCUCCCCUAACUCCUCCCACCUAUCAAAUAGCUCCACCCCCAACGCGGCCUCUCCCACGCAGCACAUCACACACUUGCACACCCCCUUCUGAGUGGGGUCAUCACACACACACACACACACAGUCUGACGUAUACAACACACGUGUGUAUGUGCAUUCUCCAGGGUUGGGGUUGAUUACAUGUCAGUUAAGUUAGUGAAUCAUAGGAGAUUAAUUGAAGUUUCAAAUUUGAGAGUUGAAAAGUGACAUUUUUUCCCAAUGAGGAUUUUUCAGUUCUGCAGGAUUUCAGAAUUUCAAUUCACUUCCUAA